GAGCCCGAGCCCGAUCUGGAGAGCGGCAGGAGGCAGACCCCGCCGGGCACUUUCCAGGCUUGGUUGGCCGGUGCCCCUCCGCUUUCCCCGCCUCGCCCCCGUGCCGGCCCCCGCCCGCUUCCCGGGAGCUGUCGACGGGGGAAUGGUGCUGCACAGGGCUGCGGCUUUGCAGUGCAGGCAGCCGCUGUCCUCGCAGCGUUGCGGAGGCUGGGAGUGGGGGGUGGGAGCGGGAGGCCGAGGAGCCGGUGGCUGUAUUGGCGAGGCGCUUCCGCCGUGCGUAGGGACUCCUCGGAGGACCCCCGCCCGGCGCUGCUUGUGGGAACGUGGCGAACGGUCUCCGUGAUGCAUCAGGAGGAGGAGAAGCGCCACCUCUCCCAUUGCCAUGGGAACUCCUCCCACCACCUCGCUCCUGGCCGGGGGCUGGUUUUGCCUUUAAUCCGUCAGCAGGUUCCACCCAAGGACUACGUUGCAGCCUCAUCAACUUGAUUUCCUUCCUACUAUUAUUAUUAUUAUCACAAUUGCCUUUAUUACCCUUGUUGUUGUGUCUGUGCAUUUCUGACACGCAGACAUCAUCGACGUUUUCGAUUCCUGAGGACGCACAGAUUCCAAGCGUUUUCUCUUUCUUCCCCCUUUCUUUUCCUCUUCGUCUUUUCCUCCUUUAGGAAAGGAUGGAAGUCUAUUUUCUAAACUUGUUUUUCAGCCUUACACAGGCCUCUAACUCGCACUCUUUCAUUUUGUCUCGAGACUGCCGCUUUCGAAAUCUAUCUCUCUCCCUCUCUGUCAGACUGCGAUGUACCAGAAUCUGUGCAGAAUAGAGACUCCUCCCCAGACUUUGUCAAAACCACACAAUAUUUGGCCUUUGCAAAAGGGGAAAAAGGAAAAUCUUAUUUGUAUCCUGUGCUCACCCCCACCAACAAGAAGCUCAAGGCAGCAUACAUGGGUUUCCUCCCACUAGUGGACAAGGGUGGGUAUUCCUUUCUUUAAAAGCUGGUCAGUCUGUGAUGUAUUGUAGCCUCUCUAUGAUGUACUUCCUACAAUCUCCCACUUUGUCUUUGAUCCAGCCUACUCUAUACAAUCCUAAAAGAAAAAUGUCAUAUGCAAAGGAGGCCUAAAAUAAGAAAGCAGGUGGCCACUGUCAGCAAUAUGUGACUCAGUGUUCUGUCUGUAAGUAACAUCCUCUUGGAAUUGUGUUACCCUUUCAUUUGCCUCUUUGUUAUUUUACAUAUAUCGGUGUUUGUUGGUGUAUAUAAUUUGAAACACAAUGAUACUCCAUUUGCAUAUUGUGAUACAUUUGUAGGACAUCAAAGGCCACACCUGAAUCCAAUGAUGACAGAGGCAUUUGCUGCUUCAGCAACAAAAUCCUUGGGUACCAGGCAGUCUUGUUCUGCUCCUAAGAAUGAUGAUAACCUUUGCUGACCCUAAACUUGUGAAUUCCUAUAACUAUAGGUCUGGCUUUUUAAAAUGCUCACAAGCUUUGUGGUCCAGGCAGAAAAUGGUAGCACACUAUAAUCAAUAACGUCAGACUAUUGUUUGAGGCUGAUGAUGAGUUCAGAACAGAAGACCAAGUCUAGUACUUCCACACUAUCUUUUUAAUCUUGUUUAAGCACCAUGGGCUGCUGUGCUAAACUACACAUUCUAGAAAAAUGCAAUAUAAUUCAAUGAAGUAAGUUUAGAGUAGGUGGCUUGAGAACCACAGCCUUGAUUAUGUGAUGAGCCAUUGUGCAGAACUGGGGUGAAGGGCAUUUAUGAUGUGGCAUUGGCAAUAAAUGCCAUUUCCUUGCAGAGUUGUGACCCACCAUGGUAUGUAAUUGCAUGAUUAGCUGUUCAGGUCACCACACCACUGUAGUGGUUCAAUACUAACGCUACACUGAGAACAGUCAUUUUGGCCAAAUAUGGUAUAGUGGCAUUUUGACCACUGCAAAGUCAAAUGUGUUAGUGUAAACUUACUUAUCCAAGAUUUGGAAAAAUAGACAUUUAUUAUAGGAUUGUAACCGAAAAAUAGCAGGAUGGACUUGCCGCACUCGCUAAUCAAAUACAAUACAUCUAUGGCUCUGCCCAGUGCAGUCACUCUGGCCAUCACUGCAUCAGAACAUCUGACUACCUCUGAUCUGUGUAUGUGAGGCUUCCACCCUUAUUGUAGUCCAUACAGGUAGAUAGACUGCUAAUAUUUUCAGAAGAUCCAAACCUUCACCAUGAAAACCAUUAAAUGCUAAAUCCAUAGGAUCCUAGUUCUGUAAAUAUGAGCAUGUAUUUAUUUUUAUUUAUUUUUCAAUGGUACUGUGCCAUAUUGGCUCCACAGAACCAACCACACAAAAAAACCUAGUGCAUAAAUAAUUUAAAUCAGACUGCUUUGAUAUAAGCCAUUUUAGUCCCGUGAAAGUCAUUGAAACAAAUUUAAUUGGUCUGUGAUCGGCCAUCACUGUAAAGUGAUUCAAUCAGGGCUGGUCCCACCGUGCAGCAAGGAGAAGCAGGCUGUUUCAGCAGAGCAUCAAAAGAGAUAAAGAGAGGAAUGUCUGGAUGGGGUAGCAAAACAUUUUGCAAUUAAAAGAUGUCUCUUUAUUAUCAUUAUUAUUUGAUUGUAUUUGGCUGCCCAUCAAUAUAAUUGCCUAGGCAGUGUGCAAAAUGCAAUAUAUUAAAAUAAAAUAAUUAAAAAUAUGUCAGACAAAUGACAUAAAAGCAGCACAGACAGAGUAAAACAAUUUACAACUCAGCUGGCACAAUGACAAUGCAAUGGAGAAUAUCUUCUUUGGUGCCUUCACUGCCACUAGGUAGGCCCAAUGAUGAGCCCUCACCAGUGUUUUGUUGCAUUCGACUAGAGUUUUCCUCCACUCACAUUUAAGCCAUCUUCUAGCUUGUUUCCUUGUCUAAGCUCUGGAGUAUAUCAGGGAGCCAAGUGGGCUCCAUGAAGCAGGAGAGGGUGCUUAGCAGUGAUCAUAUCAAUGGCCUGAGCCAUCCAAAUUUUCCAGCAGUCGGCCAGGGCUUCAGCAGGAGCGUCAGUCAUAUCAGCUGGGAAAUUCUCAGCUUAUCUUACUUAUUUUUCCCCUGAAGUGGAAGUCCAAGUGCUUUUGGCAGCAAUUUGAUUGGGGGAAAACUAAUUAAGGGCUUCAUAUCAUCCUGUGGCCAUAAUAUGAGGUUUCAGUGCUUUCACAUAAAUUGAUUGAUUCACUGAGAAAACUGCUUCAACAGACCACAGAAUGACCUGUUUCAUCCAAAGGAAAGAGCUCUGAUGAAAAUGAACCGUGAUGGAUACAUAAGCUCCUCUCAUCUUAUUUUAAAGCAUUUCCUGUUUCUGAGUAGUGCAAGUUAUGUCAGCACAGAACAGAUGUGUUCUAGUAGGUGGUCUCAUUGGCUUGACUAUUUCUGUAAAGAGUUAUUUUUAUAUGCAUAGCUCUAAUAUAGCUUUAUAAGCAUAUUCAUUAGUCUGCAUGAAGGCUGAAGCCUUAAUGUGCCUGCUGCAUAAUUCACUUUUAAAUUUAAGGCAUUGAGACAGCAGGGUACUUUACCAGGUUGACAGAGAUAACCUCCUAUGAAAGGGCCUUGGGGACAUUCACUUCAUUAAAUUUAAUACAAAAGGCCCCUGCUUGGAGCUCCUUAGCAUUGAUUUUGUUAUACAGGAAAAAUCUAGGGCAAUUGUACAGGCAAGUGUCGAUAAUACCUGGCCUCCUGUUUUGUUUUGUUUUUCUAGAGUGCUUGACCUCACCUACAUCCAUGAGAAACUAUUUUCAUAUCCCAUAAAACUGAUCUAAGGUGCCCCACUGAGGGUUAACUAGUUGUUAUUAGUCUAAAUGAUCAGCUAUGGGGAAGAGGUAGGGUGUUAUAGAAUGUGAUUUUACCCUCUCCCAGCCCUAUGACCAAAUACAUCUGAGGGCAAUAUCACUCAACAGAACAUUUCCUCUCAGAUCAUGCAGCGCUCCCAGUAGGUAAAACCCAAAAUUUAGAUCCCACCUCUUCUAUUCUGACAUCCCCAUUUUUUUCAAUCUCCAUACAUAUAAAGAUUCAGGGAAGGAGAAAGAAAAGCCACAUAGAUAGUGUUUCUUAAGUUUAUAUUAUGUAAUCAUUUGGGAACUGCCAAAUUUGUUCCACAUACUGUAGCAAGGUUUCCUAAACUUGUGUCUCCAGCUGUUUUGGGGCUACAAUUCCCAUCAUCCCUGACCAUUGGUCUGGCUAGCUAGGGAUGAUGAGAGUUGUAGUCCAACAACAGCUGGAUACCCAAGUUUGGGAAACCCUGUGGGUAUGCAAACAAUAUCCUGUUGGAUUCCUUUCCUACAUGCCAUAAACUUAACAGGAGGAACAGAUGGGCAAAUGAGACAUAUCCACCACCAAGAGAGUCUAGGGAUUGCAAGCACGUCUGUUUUCAAGAGGACACGUAUCUAAGGAGUCUUAGCUAAACAGCUCCAAACCAUGCAUGCCCUUGGGUGAAGCACUCUGAGGUCCAAACAAGAGCUCUCAAUUCUUCAGCACUUAUACAGUGAAAUCUUAAGCAUACUUACUAAGAGGUAAGUCCCUCUGAGUUCAAUAGGAAUUACUACUAAAUGUGCUUCGGAUUUAAAUCUUAAAUCAAUGGGCCCAAGUGUUCUUAACUCAUGUUGCAUUUUAAAUGGUUUUAUUCAGUACCUUCAUAUGAUAAUAGCUUUCCAGACAGAGGCAAAAUUCUACCCAUUGUCUGCUCUUUAGGUCUCAGAGAAAAAAAAUGUGCUUUUAGAUUAUAAUGUAGAGGCUUCACAAACAAUAUGAUAAAAAGCAUUGAACAAUAAGUGCCUCUUACUGAGAGUAUUUAUACCAAGUAUCACUAGCUACUUAAAUGGGAACGCAAAGGAAACAAAAUACUGAUAUUUCUUAAAGGCUGUGUACAAACUAUACAUUCAAAGCACAUUCAAAACACAUUCUUCCCCUCAAAUAAUUCUGGACAGUGCAGUUUACUUCCCACAGAGUUACAAUUCCCAGCCACUCUUAACAAAUUACAGUGCCCUGCAUGCUUUGAGAGAAACAAUGUGCUUUAAAGGUAUAGCGUGCCCACAGCCUUAUUGUCAUCUGAUGGAAUAAGUUCUACUUCCUUUGCCUCUAAGAGCUAUCACCAUGCUGAAUGAAUGCUUAAAUGGAUCAUACUUUCAUAAUGAGCAUGCACUAAUAUGCAGGUCUUUUUCUUUGUUUAUUUUUCAACAUCUUGCCACAGGGAUUCCCAGGGGCGCAAGAAGCCUGAUGAGGGGGAUGGGCUGGCAAUGAGCAAUGGCUGAAAGGCUGAAAGAAACUACAGCUACAGGUGAGAGCAUAUGAAGAAGGUAGCAAAAGCAACAUAAGAUCAACUAUCCUGGGUUUCCAACCAGUCACCAACACAUCCAGUUAUCCUGGGCUAAAGGUACUGUAAAGGUAAAGGACCCCUGACAGUUAAGUCCAGUCGCAGACGACUCUGGGGUUGCGGCAUUCAUCUCGCUUUACAGGCCGAGGGAGCCAGCGUUUGUCUGCAGACAGUUUUUCUGGGUCAUGUGGCCAGCAUGACUAAGCCGCUUCUGGCACAACGGAACACCGAAACCAGAGUAGUGCACAGAAACACAGUUUACCUUCCUGCUGGAGCGGUACUUAUUUAUCUACUUGCACUUUUUGGCAUGCUUUUGAACUGCUAGGUUGGCAGGAGCUGGGACUGAGCAACGGGAGCUCACCCUGUUGCGGAGAUUCGAACCACCAACCUUCCGAUUGGCAAGCUCAAGAUGCUCAGUUGUUUAGACCACAGCGCCACCAGCGUCCCAUAUUCUGGGCUACUAACCCCUGAACUCACAUCAGCCCCUAGUGGUUCUAAACAUGUUUACAGAGUGAAUCAGAGAACUAGAACAAGCUGAAAGAAAGUCCACAACCUCUGGCAAGAUCAUUGUCCAAUAGCUUAUCUCACUUUCCUCUAGGAUUUAGUAAACACCUAAGCAAUCUCUGGUUUAUCUCUGGUGUGUGCAGGGUGGCAGGGGUUCUGCUGUCAUAAAGACAUCUAUUGACGUAAGAAAGGCUCAAUGAAUUCCAUGCCUGUGUAGUCAGUGGUUGUUGUCUCAGGACGACAACCCUGAAAUAACUCUGAGAUGACAAUGACUGGAUCUUUGUUCUGUACAUAGCAUUUGGAGAUUAAGAGCCGGGGACCCGGACCGAUCCUGGCUAUGCAAGCUGAGCGUGCUGCAAUGGUGAGAUGGCAGUUUCCAUCUUCUUGCUUAGAAAGAAAAUGGGGGCUUGAACCUCUACAAUCCAACAGAAGAGAAGGACAAAAGUAAUAGUGGAUCCCCCUUGAGGCCUUACCGCUUCUGGCUCACGCAGUGACCUGGUGAACAUAAAUACCAAGAAGCUAUCAUUUCAAUAAGCAGGAUUCAGUACAUCAUAAGAAUAUAAUAUUUCUGCCAGAUCUGACCUAGUGCAGCAUCCUUUUCCCAACAGAUCCUUCUGGGAAGUCCACGCACAAGGAACAAGGGCAACAGCUCUUAUCCAUGGUUUCCACACACCCACUCCUACUAUUCAGAGGUAUAUUGCCUUUGAAACAAAAAAAAAUAUUUUUAGAUAUCAUAGCUCACAGUUGUGACUAGAUCUCUCUUCCGUUAAUUUUCAUGUAUUGGGUACAGUGUUGAACCAAACAGCAAUAUAGAUAAAUUGCAAAAUUGGUGAUGUACAUGCUCAGUGCUGGUUGUAUAUUCAUCCAGUAACCAGCUCCCUGCACAACCUGCUUACCAUUUCUUCAACAAGCAGAAAAACACAUCCGCAGACGAAUAGUCCAAUUUCUGUUCUUUUAAAAAUGAACUUUUGAGAACACGCCUCUACACAUUCAAAUGAUUCAGCUGGGCAUCAUGCACAAGAAGUACAUUAUGGUGCAUAAAGCUGUGAUCCUGCUGAAAUCAGUGUGCCUUACUUCUGAGUAAACAUACAUAGGGUUGGGCUUUGUUUGUGUGAAUUGGCUGCAGCAUUUGAGCCAAUGAGUUGAGAUGAUCUUAUGACUUAUGACUGGGAGAAAUAAGACGUUGCCUCUAAAUUCCCUGCAGGAAAUAAGAAAACUUGAGCUGUCACACAAAAAUCCAAUUUAAUGGUGUGGGUAAUUUUUGCACAAAUCAUCCUUUCAGCUCAUGUGAGAUCAUAAUGGCCAAAGGGCACUGAAGGUCAUUAAAAAAGGAGUAGGAAUAAAGGAGGUCAUUUUUUAUUGUAUGGGAAAUGUGAAGAGCCACAUCCUCUACCCAGAAGAUGGGUAUGUGUCCAGGCAGAUAAUAUUGCUUUUAUAAACCAAAUUAUCCAGAAUGCAUAUUCACGGGGAUCCGAAUAGACUCCCUCAGUUUAAUAAUGUUGCGUUUUUUCACAAAGCUUGUCUCAGUGACUGUGAUUAGUUUUGCUAUUGCUGCUUUUUUAAAGAAAAACACAGAGAAAUAUGAGGUUCAGUUUAUAAUAAUGUGAAUUUGAGCACUAGGAUCAGAGGUGAGAUAAAUGUAAUGAAUAAUGUGUCUUAUUGUUUUGUACCAUCUCACAAUCCUUGCUAUGCAAAGCCUGUUCUUCCCUUGACAUCCAUAUUUCUCCUACAAAUCAGGAGAAAUAUGAAUAAUCAUCGCUGGGAAUCACAAGUAGGAAGAAUGCUUCUGCUCUCAGGAUGCUGGAUUAUACAGAUAAGCCUUCGGUCCAAUCCAGCAAAGCUCUUCUUAUGUGAUAUUUUCCUUUGCACCUACCUUCCCUCCUAUAUUGUGUUGUGAUUUUCAUAAAAAAUGUGAGAGUGGGGAAGCCUCUUGGUGCUGUAUGUGCAUCAUGUGUUAAUAAUGAAGGCAGUUAGGAUUUUUCAAGUUCCAUCUUGCAGUUUGUUCCAUUUUUCUAGACAGCUGGUGAAAUAUGAACCCAGCUAACUUCCAAAUUAGCAUGCAUUUGGUCAGCAAGGAUGAGAAAGGAUCUGGUUUAACUAAUAUGUGGAUUUUUCUUCAUUUUUCUUUAAAUAGCAAUUUACAAGAAGCAUCAUGUUCCUAGCUACUUCAGCCUUUGAAGGGAGAAUCAAAGAACUUAAAUCAUUUGGAGGUUAAAUCUGUCUCAUCAAUCAAUCAAAGUUUAUUUGUUUGGCCAUUAACUGAAAUACAAUUAACCAAUAAAGGCAUACCAGUAAAAGAAAAGGGGGGGGGGAGAUGUUUCCAGAUUACAAAAUCCAGUUACAAUUGGUUUUCAUUUUUACAUCCAGUAUAAAUCAAUUUGUCCAGAGAACAAGAAGCCAAAAAGGAUUAAUUUUACCAGAUAAUCUGUCACAUGCAUAUAAAAAUACAUUUGCUUUUUGUUUUUUUGUUAACAUGGUAAGAAAUACAGCUGUUUGCUGUACUACAUUUCUGUUUCAAAGUUGUUUUGCAAAUCAGAACAACGUCAUAUAAAGUGACAUACAUGUCGACUUCCAAAAAUAAAAGAGUUGAAAAAUAUGGGAUCCUCUGUAGCAUUUUUUUCACAAAUAUAAAGGGGAGAAUUGUAUGGAAUUUGUCUGCAUCUGUCAUCUAGGACUGCUGAAAGCAAUUGCUCUAAUUAAACAAAGGAGAUGGUUUCCUUAUUAGUCUAUGAAUUUUGAGAAUUAUGUUGUGAUUUGCCAUGAAUCAAUUACUUGUAACUAGAGUUUCUAUUUACAUUGCAGGACUCUCCAGACAUUCAGUUUUAUAUUUUGAAAUAACUGAAUGUUUGCAUUUUCCUUUUCUCAUACUUGAAGUGCUUUUUGGAUUUUAUCCAGGUCUAAAUCCAGGAAGUAAGAAAUCAUUCUGAAAGCUAUUCAUUACUAUAGUAAACUUUUUAUAAUAGCUUUUAAGUUACGGUUACCAUAUUUUCUUCAAUGAAUCCAGGGACACUUUUCAAGUUCAAUGGAUUUUGUAUGGGGACUGAUCUGAAAAUCUGGGGACUGUCCCCGGGAAACGGGGACAUCUGGUAACCUUAUUUUGAGUAGCUUUCCAAAAUGUUUCAGAUAAUUAAUAAUAUGAAUUAUCAAGUAGACCAAUGAAAUUAUUUAAGGACUACAAGUAAGAAUUCCCUGUAAUUGGUCGGGCUCAGUUUGUUACAGAAAACUCUUCUCCGGUUGAUCCCUAAUAAUAAGCUUUAAAAUGUAAGAAGUAUUUUGCUGUAAGAACUUUGGAGAUAGAAUAGAACAUUCAAGCCCACCACAUUACACAGACCCCCAGGCAAACAGAAAAAUAACUCUCUACAUUAAAUGAAGGUUAGUAUUGUUAUGAGUUUGGGCAGGGGACAGUUUGGAUGGAACCCUGGGUCCUCUUCCAGAACUGACGAUCCUGUAUCUGUGAGGAUUGACUGGGUAAGAAGAAGCUUUCCAAGCCAGUUCCUUUGUCAAGGUAAUGGCUUUGGCUGGCCAGUUACGUACCACAAUUUAACCUAACCAAAGAAGUUGCUCUGUGCCACAGAACAAAUGGGUAGGCCUUCCCCAACCCCUCACCUAGCUGCUACGUAGGUGUGUGCAAAAGAGCAAGAGGUCAAAAGCUGAAUGCCAGGAGCUGCAGACAGAUGUAUUUUGGCUGUGCUGGAUUCAAAACUGUGAAUAAUAGAGAAGCAAUAUCUUUUAUGUUGUUAAGGCUAUGAGCCCUUCCAUCGUAUGCUCAAGUUGUAGAUAUGUGUAAAUAAAACCACCAGUCUCUGCUGCCUUCAUUCCAAGGAAAUCAGUUCACACUUAUCUUUGCUCUACUUUUCUAGGCUCAGGUCUGUACUUUAAAGCUCCCUGUCUGAGUGUUGUGUUUGUUUUUUGCCCUGACUUUCCUCCCCACAAACAUCCACUCUUUACUGCUGAAUCAGAACAAAUAGCUAUCCAUGGAAAACCCGAAUUGCACUUUGUUCCAAUUUAGUGUUAAAGAGCUGGUUUCCUGGGUACAGUGGCGGGGGUGGGAAGUGCUCAGAUACUGGGAAAAUGUGGACUUGUGCCUAGAAAUGUGGGGCCAAAGGUAAGUGUGAAUGAGCCCCAAGUGUUGGAAGAAACCCUGGAGUCUCUUAACACUUGGAUAUUGGGGUGGUGUGUAACAACAUAAAGGUAAAGGUUAAGGGUCCAGUUGUGGCCGACUCUGGGGUUGCGGCGCUCAUCUCACUUUAUUGGCCGAGGAAGCCGGCGUACAGCUUCCGGGUCAUGUGGCCAGCAUGACUAAGCCGCUUCUAGCGAACCAGAGCAGCGCACGGAAACGCCGUUUAUCUUCCCGCCCAAUAGAUACCUAUUUAUCUACUUGCACUUUGAUGUGCUUUCGAACUGCUAGGUGGGCAGGACCAGGGACCGAGCAAUGGGAGCUCACCCCGUCACGGGGAUUCAAACCGCCAACCUUCUGAUCAGUAACAACAUAGCAAAACAUUAAACCUUAAAAAGCUUGCCUAUACAGAGCUGCCUUCAGAUGUCUCCUAAAGGUUAUAUAGUUACUCAUCUCCUUGACAUCUGAUGGGAGGGCAUUCCACAGGGUGGAAGGCCCUCUGCCUGGUUCACUGUAGCUUCAAUUCUCACAGUGUGGGAAUCUCCAGAAGGCCCUCGGUGCUGGAUCUCAGUGUCAGGGCUGAACAAUGGGAGUGGAGAUGCUCCUUCAGGUAUGGGCUCUAGGGUUUUAAAGGUCAGCACCAACACUUUUAAUUGUGUUUAGAAAUGUUCUGGGAGCCAAUGUAGGUGUUACAGGACUGGUAUUAUAUGGUUUUGGCGGCUGCUCCCAGUCACCAGCCUAGCUGCCACAUUCCGGAUUAGUUGUAGUUUCCGAGUCACCUUCAAAGGUGACAUAGAGUGCAUUGCAGUAGUCCAAGCGGGAGAUAACCAGAGCAUGCACCACUCGGGUGAGAGAGUCCAUGGGCAGGUAAGGUAAAGGGACCCCUGACCAUUAGGUGCAGUCAUGACCAACUCUGGGGUUGCGGCGCUCAUCUCCCUUUAUUGGCCGAGGGAGCCAGCGUACAGCUUCCGGUUCAUGUGGCCAGCAUGACUAAGCCACUUCUGGCGAACCAGAGCAGUGCACGGAAACGCUGUUUACCUUCCCGCCGGAGCGGUACCUAUUUAUCUACUUGCACUUUGACAUGCUUUCGAACUGCUAGGUGGGCAGGAGCUGAGACCGAGCAACGGGAGCUCACCCUGUCAUGGGGAUUCGAACCGCCACCCUUCUUCUCAUCGGCAAGUCCUAGGCUCUGUGGUUUAACCCACAGCGCCACCUGCGUCCCAUCCAUGGGCAGGUAGGGUCUCAAUAUAAAUGGGCUCAUCCUUACAAUGACAACUUCAGAAGACAAGUCAUAUUAAGUCGGUUGCAGCAAAAGAUGAAAGAGCCCACAAAAGCUCAUGUCACAACAAAUAUGUUAUUCUUCAAGAUCAUAGAAUCAUAGAGUUGGAAUAGACCACAAGGGCCAUCGAGUCCAACCCCCUGCCAAGCAGGAAACACCAUCAGAGCACUCCUGACAUAUGGUUGUCAAGCCUCUGCUUAAAGACCUCCAAAGAAGGAGACUCCACCACACUCCUUGGCAGCAAAUUCCACUGUCGAACAGCUCUUACUGUCAGGAAGUUCUUCCUAAUGUUUAGGUGGAAUCUUCUUUCUUGUAGUUUGGAUCCAUUGCUCCGUGUCCACUUCUCUGGAGCAGCAGAAAACAACCUUUCUCCCUCCUCUAUAUGACAUCCUUUUAUAUAUUUGAACAUGGCUAUCAUAUCACCCCUUAACCUCCUCUUCUCCAGGCUAAACAUGCCCAGCUCCCUUAGCCAUUCCUCAUAAGGCAUUGUUUCCAGGCCUUUGACCAUUUUGGUUGCCCUCCUCUGGACACGUUCCAGUUUGUCAGUGUCCUUCUUGAACUGUGGUGCCCAGAACUGGACACAGUACUCCAGGUGAGGUCUGACCAGAGCAGAAUACAGUGGCACUAUUACUUCCCUUGAUCUAGAUGCUAUACUCCUAUUGAUGCAGCCCAGAAUUGCAUUGGCUUUUUGAGCUGCCGCGUCACACUGUUGGCUCAUGUCAAGUUUGUGGUCAACCAAGACUCCUAGAUCCUUUUCACAUGUACUGCUCUCAAGCCAGGUGUCACCCAUCUUGUAUUUGUGCCUCUCAUUUUUUUGCCCAAGUGCAAUACUUUACAUUUCUCCCUGUUAAAAUUCAUCUUGUUUGUUUUGGCCCAGUUCUCUAAUCUGUCAAGGUCGUUUUGAAGUGUGAUCCUGUCCUCUGGAGUGUUAGCCACCCCUCCCAGUUUGGUGUCAUCUGCAAAUUUGAUCAGGAUGUCCUUGAGUCCAUCAUCCAAGUCGUUGAUAAAGAUGUUGAAUAAGACUGGGCCCAAGACAGAACCCUGUGGCACCCCACUAGUCACUCUUCUCCAGGAUGAAGAGGAACCAUUGAUGAGCACCCUUUGGGUUCGGUCAGUCAGCCAGUUACAAAUCCACUGAGUGGUAGCAUAGUCAAGACCGCAUUUUACCAGCUUCUUUACAAGAAUAUCAUGGGGCACCUUGUCAAAUGCCUUGCUGAAAUCAAGGUAGGCUACAUCCACUGCGUUCCCUUCAUCUACCAGGCUUGUAAUUCUGUCAAAAAACGAGAUCAGGUUAGUCUGACAUGACUUAUUUUUCAGAAAUCCAUGCUGAACAAUGGUUAUCACAGCAUUCCUUUCUAGGUGCUCACAGACUGUUUGCUUAAUGAUCUGCUCCAGAAUCUUCCCUGGUAUUGAUGUCAGACUGACUGGGCGACUGGGCGAUUAUUUGGGUCCUCUCUUUCCCCCUUUUUGAAAAUAGGGACAACAUUUGCCCUCCUCCAGUCUGCUGGGACUUCGCCUGUUCUCCAGGAAUUCUCAAAGAUGACUGCCAGUGGUUCUGAGAUCACAUCUGCCAGUUCUUUUAAUACUCUUGGAUGCAGUUCGUCUGGCCCUGGAGACUUGAAUACAUCUAAACUAGCCAAGAUGUCACAAGAUGUCUUGUUUCUCUUUCUAGGAGCAACUCUAAAGGGAAGGAGGUUACUGCUGCAAUCCUAAUAUCGCAUACCUGGGCGUAAACGCCUUUGAAUUCAGUAGGAUAUACUUUCAAGCAAUUAUGGUUAGCUUUGCUCUGCACGGAAAGGUUUGUUCUCCUCAUGGAGGCAAAUUCCUUUGAUCAUGGGUAGGCAAACUAAGGCCCAGGGGCCGGAUCUGGCCCAAUUGCCUCCUAAAUCCGGCCCACAGACGGUCCAGGAAUCUGUGUGCUUUUACAUGAGUGGAAUGUGUCCUUUUAUUUAAAAUGCAUCUCUGGGUUAUUUGUGGGGCAUAGGAAUUUGUUCAUUCUUUUCCCAAAAAAUAUAGUCCGCCCCCCCCAAGAUCUGAGAGACAGUGGACCGGUCCCCUGCUGAAAAAGUUUGCUGACCUCUGGUCUUAGAUUGUAGGUUUGUUUUUUUAGCAUUUACUGUGACAAGCGAAGUGUUUCUAAAGCCACCCCAAAGCAGUAUCUUAUGGCUUCAAACGUUCCUUUUUCAACAUUCCUAUUCAGUGUCCCCCCCCCCCCCCCAUAUAUGCCAUUUGCAUUUAAUUGGAGGCAUUGCCAACCCUGCAAGCCCACCGUCCGGGGUGGAUUUAGGUUUGAUGAGGCCCUAAGCUACUGAAGGUAAUGGGGCCCUUUAUAUGUCCAGCUGUCCUUUGUCAACAAAUUGUCCCUUUUUUGUGUUGAAUAUAUGGCAAUUUAUGGACCUAAUAGGUAUCUAAAGCCAUUUGGCGCUGUUGCUGUAUGCAGGUUUUAUUUUCUUUGUUAUUUAUCUUAUAUUUUGGAAAUGUACAUCCAGAUUCCCCCCCCCCCGCUUUAAUCCCCCCCCGCCCCGGAGAGUGGGGCCUAAACUAUAUUGUAACUUGUUUAGCUUAUACGUAAAUCCGGCACUGAUCCUUCGACUUGUAAACUGAAGCGGGGAGUCUCCCGGCAGAAGACUACAAAUCCCAGAGUGCCUUUCGGAAAGGCCCUCUCCCCGCCCCCCAAGAGGGUGCAGUUCCGCUACUCUGCAACAAGAGGGAAGCGGCGACUACAUCCCCCACAGUGCAAGGCGAGCCAGCGCGCGGAAUGGGGUCCGCCCCCGGCCGCCGCCGCCGCCACCUCCCCGCCAGAGCGCCCGGAUAAAGGUUCCGUUCCGUGCGCAGUGCGGCUCGGUGCGACGCUGCUGGCAGAGGAGGAGGCCGAGCCCGUGGCCCAGGCGGCGCCAGAACAGCCUGGCAUCCCCCGAGUCGCCGCCGUGGUGGGGGGAGAGCUCUGAGGCGGACGCCGCCGCGGGCGAGAUGUCGGGGGGAACGGGAGGCCCCUCGACCCGGGGCUCCGGCGGCGGCGGAGGGUUGAGCCGCGAGCUGUGCCGCGCCUUCGGCCAUUACAACCGGCACCUGGCACGGCUGCAGCACAACCUGCGCGAGACGAAGAAGUUCUUCCGCGACAUCAAGUACUCCCAGGGCCCCGGCGCUGCCUCUGCUGCCGCCGCUACCCCUGGGCCGGCCGGGGAGGAGCCGCGGCCUCAGCAGGAGCAGCCCUCCCCCGAUGUCUGUGCCCCGGUUGGUGAGGGUCCCUCGCUGCAGGCCGGUAAGGAGCUCGGGAGAGGAGGGGGGGCAUAUCGGGGGAAACGGGUGGGGAGGGAGGAGGAGCUUCCGCAUUUUAUGUUGGGUCUCUGCCAACAUAAGGUAGAGGGAUAUUCCUCUACCUUUAAAAAAAAUGCAUCAAGGGAAACUCCAACCGGUGUGGCUUCAUCCAUCACUGAAGCGGUGUGGGAAUGGCACUCAGUGGGUGGAAUUCCCCCCUCUUGGGCAGCCCUUGCAGUCUGCUCUUGUGCAUCUGUACUCCCAAGUAACUCUGGCUGAGUUCGCCAAGGUGCUAGAGCUGCAGGGUUGGGAGAAAGCUCCGUUAAAUUCCGUAGGACUUGCUUUGGAGUACACAUGGUUAGGACUGUACUGUUGUUGCUCUCCCUAUCCCCCCAGGUAAGGCCACAUCCGCCCCAUACAGCUAAAGCACAUUUAUACCACUUUAGCUAUCAUGGCUCUCCUCCUACCCCCCAAAAAAGAAUACUGGAAAUUGUAAUUUACCCCUCACAGAACUACCAUUUUCUCAAAGAACCCUUAACAAACCACUGUUCUCAGGAUCAUGUAAUGGGGGGGGGGCAGUUAAAGUGGUAUAAGACUGCUUAAAAUGUAUGGUGUGGAUUAACAGAAGAUUGACAGCAGGGAGAGGCCUGCUGGGGCAGAGCUGGAGAACUAUGGCUGCCCAGAUGUUGCUGGACUGCAAGUCCUAUAAUCUGUGACCACACGCUAUGCUCAUGGUUCUGUAUCUGGCAUCCAUGUCUGUGGGUGACUGCAAGGUAUGUGGAGGGGAUCCUGGCUUUUCCAGAGGGAGUGGGAAAAGGCAAUUGAGAGGCCUUUAGGUAGCCAAGAUGAAGAGGGAGGUAGCCGAGAAAAAAGGUGAUUAUCCAGGAGUAAUUAUAGGAAUCCUUGAAGGUUGAAGGAACUAGUGGUUGACAGGUGGCUGCUGUUUGAAGCUGCCCAGAACCCAAGAAGAAUUCUGCUAUGCACAAACAAAUGACAUUGGCUGCCCUUUAAGUGUUUGGCAUGCUGGCUUUGAAUAAGAAUUUGGUAUGGCACUGUUGCCACCCCCUUAUAUACCUUUUGGAUCGAAGAUUACCAUCAGUGACUGCUUUAAGUGCUCACUUGUGUUAGACUCUGCCUAUACUCUACCAAAAUGUAAGAAUUUUAUGUAUGGUAAACUACAAACUAAUAUAGUCCCCCCACCAAACAAACCCCAGGAUGGAUAGCAGAGAGAAGUUGCUUCUGAGACAGGUUUAUUGGAGCAUGAGUCAUUGUGGUCAGCAGCAUCCUGUACAUCUAAGCAAUAACUUGAUGUUUAUUAUUAGUAUUUUAAUUUCUCAGUAUGCAUGCUUGUGUAGCUUGUUGCCCCACCUUCUCCACUGUACUCUGAAAUACUGUGAUUCUGGUCUCUGUUGGUGAAUGAGAAGAAAUGCUCCUUGAGAUGGAAGGAAACAAAUGUUCUGAGGUUGGACUGCAUUGAAAUAUACUGAAUGAAAUAGCAGUGAACUAGAAAUGGCAUAGAUGUGAUUGGACGGAAUGAUCUGGAUGGACACUAGAGGUUUGUAAAAGAGUAACGGAAUCAAAACUGGUUCUGAGAAUGAAUAAAGGAAGACAAAAAUUAGAAUGAGGAUCUGAAUAGAUGUGUGAUUGGAAUGCAUGACCUGCCUCUUCAGGAAACAUGUGGCUCGCUACACAGGCUGUUGGCCCUGAACUUGUAAUAAAUCUGCACCUAGUUGAAAUGUGAUUCUUCUUAUAGAGACAUUGUUUUUAAAUGUUUGUCAAAACAAUCAGAUGUUUUCCGCUUUCUGAUUCUGCCCUACAGCUUUAACUUUCUAGGUACAUUUCCCCACUCUUUCAUUGGGAAGUUUUGUACAAAGUGCUUUUUUAAAAUAUUAGAUCAGAAGGAGUUGGCAGAAGCUUUAAGUUGCAGUCCUAUUUACACUUGUGAGUAAACCAGCUGUUGAUGUGCCAAUUAAAUAGGGUUGCAAAGAAAUUAGACAUUUUUGAGCUUUUUCUGAGGAAAAUCAGCAAAGACGACACUGACAUUGACUGCCAUACGUCUGGAUUUUCCCGCGCAGACACUGGUUGGAGCUACAGUAUUCUGGAUAUGUCCGGAUGUAUGGCAACCCUUAAAAAAAACUUGUUUCUUUUGUGUAUGUCUUUGGAUAUAUUAUAGUUGGCAAGUUUUGACUGAUACUGAUAGAAUACCUGAAAUGUUUUAUUUACAAAGAUAAAUAAUGCAAGGAUACAUAGUAAUGGAAAUGUGUCUACUUAUGCCUUGGUUCCUUCUGGUUUUGCAGUUGUUAAGAAGCAUUAGGGCUGUUUUAUACUUCCGGAUUUCUACCAAGCUAUGGUUUCUGGGCACCGGCAAUUAUGCAGCAGAAUAGCAUGAAUCAGAACUGCACUGUGAUACAUGAUGGCAUUGUUUCUGUUAUUGAAACACUUUUAUUUUUGGAGCAACUGUAAUCAAACCCUCAGAUAUAUGCAAGUUCACACAUCUAGUCCAGCCCCAUGCAAUGUAGGAACCACAACUGAAGCAUCCAUGACAGAUGGCCAUCCAGCAUCUGCUUAAAAACCUUCCUCUGAUCCAUUGUCUAACAGCUCUUACUGUCAUGAGGUUCUUUCAGAUGUUUAGUCAGAAUCUCCUUUCUUGUAACUUGAAAUUGAAUUGAAAUUGGUUCAGGUCUUACUCUCUGGAGCAGCAGAAAACAAGUUUGCUCCAACUUCCAUAUGACAGUCCUCUGGAUAGCUGAAGAUGGCUGGUAUAUCACCCCUCAGCCUUUUCUUCUCCAGGCUAAACAUAUCCAACUCCCUCAACUGUUACUCAUAAGUCUUGGUUUCCAGACAUUUUAUCUCCUUGGUUGCUCUCCUCUGCACACCAGAACUGGACACAGUACUGGUCUGACAAAGACAGAAGAGUGACACUAUUAGUUUCCUUGAUCUGGACACUAUACUUCUGUUGAUGCAGUCUAUAAUAGCACCCCCCUUUUUUUUGGGUGCUGCUGCAUCACACUGCUGACUCACGUUAAGCUUGUGGUCUACUAAGACCCCUAGAUCCUUUUCACAUGUACUACUGGCAAACCAGGUGUUCCCCAUCUUAUUUUUGUGCAGCUAGUUCUUCCUGCCUAAGUAUUGUCCUUCAUAUUGAACUUCAAUAUAGAAUUCUGAUUCCAUCUUCUGAGGUAUUAGCUACCCCUCCUAGUCUGUUGUCGUCUGCAUGUUUGCUUAGCAUCCUAUCUGUUCCUUCAUCCAAGUCAUUUAUAAAGAUGUUGAAUAACACUGAACCCAGGACAGAACCCUGUGGCAUCCCACUUGUCACUUUUCUCCAGGAUGAUGAGAAACCACUGGUGAGCACUCUUUGGGUUCAGUCAGUCAAUCAGCUACAAAUUCACCUAACAGUAACAUCAUCUAGCCCACAGUUUACCAGCUUCUCCACACGACUAUCAUGGGGGACUUUGUCAAAAGCCUUAAUGAAAGCAAGAUAUGCUCCAUCCACAGUAUUCCUCUGAUACACCAAGUUUGUAACUCUAUAAAAAAAGAAAAGAAAAGAAAUAAGAUUUGUGUGGCAUGACUUCUUUUUCAGAAAGUUAUGCUGGCUCUUAGUAAUCACAGUAUGCUUUUCUAAGUACUACUCAAAGAGUGGCUGUUUAAUUACUAUUUGUUCUAAUAUCUUUCCUGGUAUUGAUGCCCGCUUGGUAGUUGCAUGGGUCCUCUUCCUCCCACCUGCCUUUUUAAAGAUGUAGAAAACAUUUGCCUGCCUCCAAUUGGCAAAAACUCCAGUAUCGCAGUUAGCAUACGUUCAGUGUUCUAAUGAAUGCAUGAAAUGGACAAUAUUCUGUGGAAAAAUAAAGCAUAAGAAAAAUUCCUGCCUCAUAAACUUCAGCACUUUCUGAACAAAACAGGAACAAGGCAUGGGCUUAAGACACUCCCUCCUUGCCAUUUUGUGUUUUCAGAUGGUGAUUUAUAUAGGAUAUGGACAAACAGUACUUAUCUGAUUCUGUUGUAACCAGAGACCUUGGAAGAUAAUUGCUGUGGGAUUUUUUGGGGGGUGGGGGAACACAUAAGCCCAAAGGUUGUUUCUUUAGUGGAUUGUCUGAACCAAGUUACAGAGGAUGGCUUCAUAGAAUACAUUUCUUCUUGCUUGACUUUGGUGAGAAAACAUAUACAUAACUCUGCAUAAAAAUUAUUCACAUGAUUGGAAACUAAGUCAUGUGUUCAUGUUACAAGAUAGGCAAAUGAUAGUUUCACACAUUAUUUACGUGGUGCCGGUAAAUCUUAUCAGGGAGCUGUUCUUAUGGUAUUUGAUUUGGAAAACCAGGCGCAGCAUUUGGGUGAUUCAUAACAUGAAAAGGACCAGGUUUGCAAUGUUUAAUUAUCAGUGUGAUUAAUCUUUAAACAUAGCCCCAGAGUAAAUGGUGGAGCAGAUGAACAAUGACUUGAUUUGGGAUACUUAUAGAAACUGCUGCCAUGUAGGAUGCAUAGAUAAAAAAUAUUUUUACAUAAUUUGCUUUCAGUUAUUACAACUAUUGGUUCUUGCUUUAGGAAGAAAGGACAAGAAGGCUCGGCUGGAUCUUCACCAAUCCAGGCUGGUCUCUACGGAGCUUUCACUGGGUUUUCAACUAAAUAAACACUAAUAACAAACAAACAGUAUAGAUUUCAUGUUUAGUUAUUUUUACAACUCGUCUCAAUGUAUUAUUAUAAGGAAAUGUCAUACUCAGAUGGCACUGAUUUCUAAAAGAAACAUCAUCUUUGGUUAGACUGUAAAUUUUGUUUUCUUACGUUUUCUCAAAAUGCACUAAGGCCUCCUUCAGUGAGGUUCUACAAAUGUAAAUAGAGUAAAAUCUUAUCAGUUGGUUAAAUCUAAAUAAUCAGCUAAAAAGCAAUUGCCAUAUUUUUCGCUCUAUAAGACGCACCAGACCACAAGACGCACCUAGUUUUUGGAGGAGGAAAACAAGAAAAAAAAUAUUCUGAAUCUCAGAAGCCAGAACAGCAAGAGGGAUCUCUGCACAGGGAAAGCAGCAAUCCCUCUUGCUGUUCUGGCUUCUGGGAUAGCUGUGCAGCCUGCAUUCGCUCCAUAAGACGCACACACAUUUCCCCUUACUUUUUAGGCGGGAAAAAGUGAGUCUUAUAGAGCAAAAAAUACAGUACUUGCUUUAUUGUCUUAUAAAUUAAACAUUAAAUCAAGAUACAUUCAGGCAAUGCAAUGCAAAAAUCUAGAUGCUGGGUUUAAAAAGGAGUAAAGUAAUAAAAUUAAGUGAAGUUUCUAAAACAGAGAUGCUUUGGGACAAAGGAAACCUCUGGGCAAGGAUUCAAAAUUAAGCCCCAAACCAAUAAUAGUAAUUGGGAGCUCUUGAAGCUCAAAACCAGUUCAGUAUAUUAGAAUCCACUCAAAACUGGUAACAAUGAUCAAAUAGAAUUCUUCUCAUGCUUGAACAUCCCUGCUAGUAGAAUAUCUAUAUAUGAUAAGUGUGUGCUGAAAUUCUUUUCUUUCAUAUGACAUAUGGAUGGAGUUAGUAGUGGUGCAAAGACCGUGGUGUCUAGUCUGAUAGUGGUAUAGGGAGCAUACUAUGACAAUAUCCUGGAUUGUGAAUUAGCAUGCACAUGCUCUGCUGGGUUUUGAUUAACAAAGUCCCAAAGUUCUCGAAAUGCAGUCCUUUCUGUGGCUUUAUGCAUUUUGUUUGUAAGCCACCUUAUCCCAAAAGGUCAGGGCUGUUUGUAAGCCAUCCUCUCUUUAAGGUCAGUGCUAGCAACAAACAAACAAAAUCCCAUAACCACCAUACCUGCUGUCUUCAGUGGCCUGUUGAAUGCUUGCAGGGCUAGCCUACAGCUUUGGCUCUAUAUACACCCCAUUUUCCCCUAUUUGACUUCUAAUCUUGGCAAAGUUUAAUGAUCCACACCCUUGGUACAGUGAAAUUCUAUGGUGAAGAAAACAAGGUUGUGCCGAAAGUUCUUAUUCAAGUGGAAACUUACGUAAGUGUUGUGAGUAGAAAUAGUAUGUGAAGUUGUAAUAUACUAAUAGUAACGUAUUUCAAUAAUGCUCAAGUUUGAAUAUCACACUAGUGAAGGUUUUCUUUUCCCUGAAUAAACUUAUUCUCAUCAGCUGAGCCUUAACCCUAGAUUAGGAUUCCUGGGAGCUGAUGUAAUGUGCAAACCUAAUUGAGAACCCACACAUUUUCCUCUGGGAUUUGUUGUGAUUUUCAUUUACCCCUUUCAAUUAUCAUGUAGAGUUUCCCCGCCCACAAAAAGCUCCCUCUAGCUUUCUUGAAAAGGUGUUUCAGUUUUUUGUUCUAAACUCUUUGCUGUCAUCUCUUCUCAAGUUUGUAACCUUCCUCUGAUUUCAACAGCUUUUUCCUAUAGUCUUUGCAUAAUGAGGGCAGGGACACGACUUGAACCUUGCUAUCCAUGUUAUCUAACAAUCCAUUGCUAGAUGUGUGAACCAUUAAGGCACCACCCCAUUCUCUGCAUAUUUGGUUAUACUUGUGCAAGUGUCUUAGUACUGGCCAAGUUGAUUCUUGAUGGAUAUAUUGGUGAAUCAUUAAAGGGACCUGUGAAGUUGCACUGUUGAGCUAGAGACACUUUAUAUGAUCACAUUUGACAAGCAAUUGUAACGAUGAAGAAACUUGCACUUUGGUUUUUUUUCAGCAGAGGAGUAAAAACACCCACCCUUGUCUCAAAACAAGAAGCAGUUGCUAUUGUUGGCCAUCCUGAAAGAGGAAUUAACCUUACACUAGUCUUGACUCUGCCUUCCUUGAGAGAGCAUGUUUAAUCUUUGACAUCUGUGUUGCACUCCUGUGGGGGGUAGGGGUGGUCCGUGUCACCAUUAAGAAAAAGAGGUAGAAAUAAGCCAAUAUAUAUGUGGACUGUUUCUGGAUAAAGUGACAUUUCUUUAAAUUUUCAGAGUUGUUAACCUAGUUCAAAGUCUUCAUAUGAAUUAGCCAGAUGUCCAACUGAAAAUCAAUCACAGUCCAUCAUUUGAAAAGCAAGACUUUGGAGCCACCUUGCCCCAAAAUGGCAGUUGACAUUCUGUUUUGGUGACUGAAACAUAGGUUUAAGGAGCCAUUUGGCACCUAGCUUAUAUAUCUGCGCUUCUAACACUGGUCAAGAGGAAGCAGUGGGCAGCUGGCAUUUUCUCUGACUCACUGUGGCCUUAGUGAGGCAGGGUCAGUUGUGCACCUUGUGCUUGGGGCAGAAGUGAUGCAUAUGUCCUGAUUGGCACUGCAUGACACAGUGGAGAGCAGCGUAGUACCUUGGACUCAGUUGACUGUAAAAUGGGGUGAAGACCAAAUACAGAGACUUCUCUCCCCCACCCCCAUUUGCUCAGUGGUGGUAUGACUGCACAGUGGUAUGAGAAACUGCAGCCACACUGAUGUUUCUCCUGCAGUCCCCUCAGCAGGGGCCACAGGGCUGAAAGGCAUAGCGAUCGACCUCUACCUAAAUGACCUCUUGGUCAUGACAGCAAUUGCUGUUUGUCUCAGGAAGCAUUUGUAUAUGAUCAGACAUACAAAGAGCCCCCUCAGACCCACACAGCACAUUCAGCCUUUUGAUAAUCACCAAGAUGUGGCAAGAUAGCUUCCAUCAAGGAAGCAGGAUACCCAAUGCCUGGCUCGCACUCAGAGAGCGCAAGUCUCUUCUCCAAGUUUCUAGGUGGAGCUGGCUCACAUUCAGGACCCACGAUCCCACUUCAUGGAUCCAUUAUCACUACAUUAGAUUUUAACUUCAGAAAUAUUCUAACUAGGCCCCUUCAGUGGCAGCUUUUUCCUUAUCAGAUCUUAUUUCCAAAGUGCUCUAUCUUAUGUGAAUGUGCUCUACUUGUUGUAACGUGAUGUAAACUUCCUCUGUGCUGCUCAUAUAGUUAUUUUGAGAUCAGUUACCUAGUUUCUUCUUGGGAAAAGCAGACUCUUUGCACACUUCUGAAGUGCUGAUCACAUGUUUUCUCAACUGAUGCAAAAUGGUUCCUUCAACUAAUCCUUUUAGUGUAAGAAUUCUUCUUUGUUGCCAGCUGGGCACAACAAAAAGUCAUUUUCUUAACUGCUGAAUUGAGGCUAGUUCUUCAGUUGAGUAACUUUGGAGUUAUUCAGCCUGUUAGUAUGUUAGCAAUGGAUAUGAAAAUAUUAAUGUAAGUUUUAAUCACUAUUCUCUUUCUGUGCUGUUGAUCUUUAGCAGAGACGCCCACAGGAUUUCCUGGGCCCAGAACAUUGUAUGUGGAUUGCCUCUCCCACCCCCAUCCCACAAUGUAUUGUCAAGAACUGAUGUUUUUGCACAUGCAUUUACUAUUAAAAUCUGUUUUAAAAUAAAUUACAGUUAUUGGAAUAGGGUGGAUACUAUUGCAAAGAUAAAAGUGGGAGAGCAGGGAGGAUAAUACACAUAAUCUUGAGUGAGAAAGCAAGAUACAAAUAUAUAAUGUCACUCACAGCAGCACCACCGGACCCUUCCCCCCUGCCCCUGGCAACAGACUAACAUGGCUGCCCCUCUGGAAAUGGAUACUUAACAGGCAGUUAAAAUAUUCAUGAAGGAUAUUAAUUAGUGGCAGUCAACCAUCUGUCUAGAGACUUAUUCAUUGGCAGCAUCAGGACUAUACAUGCAGUCAACAAAAAUAUACUUGCUGUGUAGUCAGACUGGAUUACAUGUUGCAGCAUAGAAGGUUUCUUGCUGCAAUGCAGCUUCUGUUUGCCCAGGCAUUUUCAGCCAAUAUCCUUGAACCUAUUCUGUGACCCUGAAGAUAGAAUUCUGACUAGGGUUGAGCUGGGCAUUUGACUUGAGCAAACAUUGGUCAAAUAAUGGUCCAGUAUUUUAUAUUUUUAUUAUAAAAAUAUUCCAGUAGUCAGUGGUUGGAUAUGCAUGUUGAGUGCAAAACCAAAUUGUUUUACAAUAAUGAUUAAUGAGUGGAAGUACUACUUAAAAAUUGUUGCAGGUAAGGUUUUUUAUAAAUAUAAACAAGUCACUGAAUAGUAGUUUGGCUUUAUUCCUGGAAAGUUAGGGUCAGCCUACGGUUAAUACACUUUUAAAAAGAGAGAGAGGGAGAGAAAAAAUAAAAAAUAAACCAAGUAACUUGUACAUCCAGAAGUCAAUGUUAAGUAGGCAGCAGGCCAAUUGUUCAUUUCCUUUGCGUCACCUUCAACCGGUUUUUCACCUCCAUCAUCAAAUUUCUCGUCUUGUAUGUCUCUCACUGUUAGCGAAUGGCAUAGUAAAAAAAAAAAAUCCAAUUUUUUAAAGAAGUAAGCUUCUACCUACACAGUGGCAUUCUGAACUUGAUCGAGCACUUGCGGUAUCCUUCAACAGGUGAAUAAGCAAUCAACUGGCAAUAUUUGUCUGAUCAAUUGGCUAGUGUACCCAUCCUAGACUGGGGAAAAGGUAAAUGAAGCUAUGACCUGUCUAGAAGAAAAAGUUCACAUACCAGCUGAAUAUUCACAGGGUCUAAAGCUAUAUGUACCUUCAUCUUCAUUUUUAAUGCUGAUUUUUCAGGUUUUGCAGAAAACGAUCUUGCCUUGUUGAGGGUGUGACUGGGGGCCCUGUUGCCUUAAAUGAUUUUCAGCAGGGCUCUUUCUGCCACUAAACAAUUUUUUCUACUGUACUUCUCUUCCCUUGCAUACAAGACACUACUGUGAAGCAGUUUGGCAGUUGACUUGGAACAGAAUCGCUCUAUGUUGGCUGGGUGGAAUAAAACACACAAGCUGUUCUCUUUUUCUGUUCUUCAUAAUUUUUGUACCAAAUACCUUUUGGAAAAUGUUAUGCUUAGGUCAAGAAUGUAGUGCAGCAUGAGUGAAACCCCCUUUUAAAGGCACUGAACAUAAAGUUGCUUUUAAUAUGGACACCUUUACUGAACCUGUGACAGAGUUACUGCCACUUCUAUGCCCUGCUGGCUACUUGAAACGAGGAUGGGAGAUGGGGAUGGCAGCUUUUCCUGUUUUCCCUCCUAGCUUUUCUCCCCAUACCUACCUGCCCACCCACCUGCCGUGACUGAAAUGAGAGGGAAUUAACCAUGCUAUCUCCAGGGCUGGUAUAGUUUUGGGACCUGUUGGGGGGGGCAUCCCAAAGACCCAUGGACUGCUGGUAGUUCAUCAACUGCAGCGGGGCUUUCUUUUGCUACAUCAGGGAACUCCAGAGAUAGAGUUCUGCAGGCUACUAUGGCUGCUCAGCCACUCCCAGGGAGCAUAGGGUUGCUCCUUAAAUUUAAAUAUUGAAAACACUUUUAUCCCAUUCUUCAGCUAAAAAUACUUCCAGAGCAGCUUUAUCAGUUCUAAUGGUAAGACUGACCUUGCCCUUAAACUUAGUCUUAAAGGGCUAAUAAAAAGGGCUAAUAAAAAAGGAGGGAGAAAGAAGGAAAAAAGCACAUUGGGCACUAUUUAUUAGUCAAAUCAGGCAUGGGGAACCUUUGAUGCCACUAGGUGCUGCUCAACAACUAUUCCCAUCAGCCCUAGCAAACAUGCCCAGUAGCCGAGGAUUAUGAGAGUUAUAGUUAAGCAAUAUUCAGAAAGCCCAAGGUUUCCCACACCUGAGUUAAGUGGUCAACAAAUAAUAGUAGUAAAAUAUGAGAACUUCAAGCCUUCUAAAAGGAGCUGUGCUUAAAGGUGUAAGGCUCCAGUCAUAAAUACCCUUUAAGAUGGAAAUAAGAGACCACUGGAUUUUUAAAAUUCUUUUUGGCAUCUUUGAGGAGUAUACAUAGUACAAUGAGACAGUGAUAUACAAAGGUGAGCUGUUCGUGAUGGACAAGUAAACACUGGAAUUCAUAGGCACCUACUUGUCUGUCACAAAUGGAGAUAAGGUCUAGGCAGGUUUUCAGUGAUAUCUUAUUCUACAGUUUUCUGAUUAUUAUAAGGCAGACCACUUGGGUUAUUAUGGGUAAAAAAAAGGUAAAGGACCCCUGACAGUCAAGUCCAGUUGCGAACGACUCUGGUGUUACGGCGCUCAUCUCGCUUUAUCGGCCGAGGGAGCCGGCGUUUGUCCACAGACAGUUUUCUGGGUCAUGUGGCCAGCAUGACUAAGCCGCUUCUGGCGAAACCAGAGCAGCGCAGGGAAACGCCAUUUACCUUCCCGCCGUGCUUUCGAACUACUAGGUUGGCUGGAGCUGGGACCGAGCAACGGGAGCUCACCCCGUCGCGGGGAUUCGAACCGCUGACCUUCCAAUUGGCAAGCCCUAGGCUCAGUGCUUUAGACUACAGAGCCACCCGCGUAUGUAGUACUUAUUUUAAAAAGCCACCUGUAUAUAUGUAAUACAAGUAGAAAACCAAAUCACUAACCUACAAUUUACCCUAGUGUUUAUGCAAAGAACACAAAAUACAUCCUCACCCCAUGCAGUAAUAUUGCAUAUUCAACAAUAUAUGAAAGAAAAAGUGCAGAUAUACAUUAUCUUGAACAUUAUAUUUCUAAUAAUCAAGGAAAUCAUUUCCCCCAAAUUAUAUGUUCCUCCUUUCAUCUUUCCGUCUUUCUUUAGUAAGUUUAGACAUACCAGGCCAUUGACCAUAUCUUCCUGACCUUGCACAAUAGCCAUCAUUUUUCAUUUAAACCUUGGGUUGAUAACUUCAUGUCGUGGUACGUCAUUGAUAUGGGAUGUAUGUGGAAUGGAUACUUGCUGAACUUCUUCCUGCCAUGUUGCAAAUUAAAGGCUUCUGAUUCUUGGUGACAAACUGCAUUGCUUCUUCUGUCCCUGCUGCCCAAAAUGUCAUCUGGGCUGGGAAUGUGGGAAGAAGGUAAACUUGGUUCCUGGAAUGAGUGACCAUUGCUCCAUAUUCAGUCCUCUUUGGGAUACCCUCAGUCUUAGCUGCCCAUUCCUGUGCAAAAAUAUUUUUCAAGUCAGAGUUUGGAAUGUCUGAUUCUGUACUGACAUAGAGCUAUAGAAUCCUUUUGAAGCUCCAUAGGUCACUUCAGAAUAUAAUUGCUAAUAAAUUCUUGUUUGCCUUUUUUAGGGCAGCUGAGCUCUAUUGCCUUUCCCCGGCGUGAAGAGGAGUAUCUCCAGCUGACAGUAAGCUGUCACCCAUGCCUUUUAAUCUUUGGUCAGAACUGCAAUGCCAAAUGUCAGUUAGUCAACAUGCUUUUGGGUGAAAGACUGCUACCGACCUCCAAAGUUAGCAGUGAGGAGAACUGUAAGAGGCGUCGGAUUCGCUUCACACAUGGAAGACAAACACGGAUUAGUUUGGCUCUUCCAGGACAGUAUGAAUUGGUUCACAACUUGGCAGCUCAUCAAGGCAGAUGGGAAACGAUACCAGAAGAGGACUUAGAAAUCCACUGCGAUAAUGAAGAUCUCGCACACCAGAUUGCAGAGCUGGAGGUUACACUGAAUCACACUUUAUUACAGGUACUGACGAGUUCCAGUGUGUAUGUACUUGCCCUGCCCUGUAUAAACUUAAUGAGAAAGUGAGCGUUGACAUGAAGCAUUUUAAUGAAUAUUUUGCACCUACGUUUAGUUGAGUAAAUUCUACAUAAAAACUAGAGGAGUCCUAGAACUAGAACAGAGUUUGUCUGCAUUCCUAAAGACUUCUGAGGGCGGAUACCACAUGUUCUGCCUCAAUCCAGUGGUUCUUGUUUGAAGUCUGACUGCUGCUGUGCAAGAUUGAGGGGCGGAGGGUGCAGUUUGCAGCAGUGAAGCUUUAACUCUUCCCCUCACUGCUGGUUUUGCCCAUACUCAUUUGUUUUUCCUGCAGCUCAGGUGCCGGACCUGUGAUUGUAUAAACUUGCUUAGAUUUCUGCAAAGUAUCUGAGGGUGUAGACAGACAUGGUAAUAAAGCACAGUGCUUACAGUGGCACCUUGGGCCGUGUGUUGAACCCAGCUUACUCCUGGCUUUUAAUCUGAAAUGGCAAGUCAUAUGUACCUGUGAAAUAAGUGCUGAUGGUUUAUGCUCCUCUGUCCCCCAUCUAGGAGUGGGGAGGGGGGCUCUGUUAUGUAAAACCUGCUCCAGAGAUUGCAGGAGGAUUCUUGGUAGCAUCAAGUAGGGCCACCCCAUGCACAGCCAGAUACCUUGAAGAAGGGGCAGACAUGCCUAAAUAGUUACCCUUGUCUUCACCCAAAUUUUUUCUUGAAUUGUUGUAAUUAGCAUUAAGGAGUCCUCCUAAAACAGGGGUCAGCAACCUAAGGCCCAUGGGCCGGAAGCUGCCCGUGGAGGUCAUUUGACCAGCCCACGAGCUGCCCCCGAACCGAGCUGCCCGCUCACAGCUGCGCUAAACCAGCGCAGCGCGGGGACUCGCUUCCGCAGCGCUGGAAAUCGCAUCUGUGCAGACGCAAACGCCGGAAAUCGCGUCUGUGCACAUGAUCCAGCCCACGGAGGGAUCUUCGCGGGACCGAUCCAGGCCAGGCAAGAUAAACAUUGCCAACCCCUGUUCUAAAACUAAAUAGAAUGGAUACUAUGUUCUUUUCUCUCCAUCCCUUCACUUCAAAGUCGAAACACUUAACUAGUGCAUUCUGUAGCUCAGGGCAAGUGUAAUGUUUGAAAGGGUUCCUUUUACUUGGGAUUCUUGCCUCCCGUGUGAGUCAUGUUCACGAUACCACUACCCCUCGAGGGUUUGCCAGCCUGUCUGUUCCUGAGUAUAACUUUGUUCUGAAUGUUUGUGAAUGUAUGCUCCGAGUGUUGAAUUUGGUUUUGUGUACUUCAACUGAAUAUGUCCGUGUUGCUCUUUUUUUUUAAUAGGUCAACUAACACAGGGCAGCUCAAAUAUCUCUCAUAAACUUUUCAAACCAGUGACAAAGAUUUCUUUGUUAGGCUCCAGAUAUAUCUAGGACAAAUCAGAUGAAAACAGCCACUCGGAUUAAUUUGUAAGGAGUGGCACAGGACUGUUUCCUCUGUUCUGUGUAGGAGAGCCACUGUGAAAAACUCCUUACAAAUGGAAUUUUUAAACAGGGAAAGUUAACAUUUACAUCUUAUAUGUGAAAACUGCAUAUCUAACCACAGGGAGGGAUCUUCCUAUUUCAUAAUUUAUAAGCUUCAAUGAGUGGUAACAAGGAAAUACUUCCACCAUAAGGAGAGGCAUGGUAUAAAUUGUAAAAACAGACAUAAUCCACAUUUUUAAAAAGUCAAUUGAAAAAAGCAUUGGGGCUUUUGCAAAUCCAUGAUUGCUUUAAAAGUAUGGAAAUUGUGAGUUGGAAAUUGUGUGCCAGGAAAUAAGUUGUACAUUCUAACAUAUUGUGUUGUCUCCCACCUUAGCCUUCAUACCUACCACAGCUUGCUUGGGUCCUUUAGCACCAAUCCUCUUCUGCUGUAGUUUGAGGGCAACAUUGGUGCCAUGUUCAUGUUUAAAAGUUUGGAUAAAUGUUUAAAUUCAGGAGUUUCUAGUGAAAUGAAUUGCUUUAAAACUAAUGACAGUUUUUUGUGAAAUAAAUCCUAUUGUCUUACUAUGUAGAAUAAUGGCACCAGGAAGAAUAAGUAGAAAGGCUAUAGGAAAUGGGUUCUGUUUCUACUGUAGUAUUUAAUGGCUGCCAGUAAGAAACACAUCUGCACAGUAAUCUAAAUGCUGAUUUACUUCGUUGGGAGCUCUAGAAAGGAAAGGCAGUCUAGAUAGAAUUAUACACAGCCAUCCCCUCUGUGUGACACAGGAAGUUAAAAUCCAUACCAAGUGGACUAACUGCAGGUUCCAGAAUAAAAUUUGCCACCAUACAAUUAUAGUAAUUAUGUCAGGCAGGCCAGACUAAUCAAGAAGCAAGAAUUAACCAGUUGGAAUGAGAUUUGAGCACUAUCCCAGACUCCACUUUACGAUAUAAGUGGCAGCUUUAUGUAAGCCUCCAAAUCUUAACGAACUGAGAAAUGGACCUUUGUAAACAAACGCCUCAUUCAUCAGAUGCAAAAAGAUGGCUGACGGUUUGUCAGGCAGGUUCUCUUGCAUUGAUAAGAAGGUUUGAUAGUUAAAGAUUCUGUUUGUUGUGUGGUGUACAUAGCCUAUCUUUCACAGUGUAUUCAUUAAUCAAAUAUGUGAUCUGAUAGAAAGUGUGAUGGAAGAUGGAAAUAUUUUUAACAGGGCUGGCACCUACAAAGUUAUUCAUAAAUAGAAAUAGAGUAAUACUAACGUUCCUUUAUCCACUUGUGCAAUUAGUUUUACACAUUUUAAUGACCACCAUGAGCCAACAUUUUGAGUCUGAAUUAAGUCUAUUGAAAUUUAGUGUGGCCUUAGAAUACACUGAAAACUGUUGUGGAGAGUGACGGUUAAGUUUUAAAUAAAAUAUAAAAUAAUUUAAACCUGAACAUUAGUUGAACCCAAUCAUAACAAUGUUGUAUCUCCUCUGAAAAUAUCAAUAUAUUCUAUGCAUAUUUAUUGAGAACUGUGUUAGACCUUACUCAUAGAGAUGUGCAGGAGGCAUCUAGCUAGGUAAAGGAAAUGAACAACUUAAAUUUCAGUCUUGGUCUUCAGGAUAAUAAUGCAUGUUGUAAAAUUAAUAGAAUUUAUUGUCGAAUUCUGUAAUUUCAAAUCUGGUUUGAAGAGCAACAACUAUUAUAUACCACCAGUACCAAACAUAUUAGAAUUAAGAAAAUAAAACAACACAACAGCAAUCCCUUAAAAUUAAUUAUCGGACUCUUAAAUCCAUUAUCAGUGAAAGAACUUAUAAAAGAGUUAUUGUGUCAGGAUUCUCUCACAUCUGUAGGAACUCUGUGGCUCCAGCCCUUCCUUCAUUUCAGUUAAUACUCCUGCAUGUGGGGCAUUUAACUUUACCAAUAGUAUAGUAAGUUCCAUUUAGGGAGGGGAGCCCAGUAUGAGUAGCAAAUAAGAAAGUUAGCAAAAAAAUUAAAAGUUUUAAAAGGUUCUACAAGAGAAUCCAGUAAUUUCAAAGGAGAUGAUUUUGCAGGACUAAUCCAUAGUUAAAACAUCCCAAGUUUUGUUGGACUACUAGUCUGUUGACUUCAUUUUUGUCCUAAUUUUUAUAUUGCCACGUUACAGUUUUGUAUUUAACGAUCAUACUGAUAUAAUCUAAAUGUAUAGAGGCAUCAUUCUUUUUAAUGCUAUAAUUAGGAGCACUGUCCCUAUCAGUUUGGUAGAGGAAUGGGACAGCCCACAUUACUGUACAGUAGUGAUUACUGAAUGGCUCUGAUGCCCCUGGUAUGCAGACAUACUAGUUUAUAAAUUGAGGGGUGAAACUAAAAUAGCUGAAGGACUGAGGUAUGUUCAGUGGCCUCUAGGAACCAGGAGAUGCUGAGAGUAAUUGUGUGUAGUUGGAGUAGGAGGUGAGAAGAAAACUGGGGAGAGGUGGAUUGGCCUGCUCAAGCCCCUAACAACAACUUGUGUCCUGGAGGUGUAGAUUCUGGAGGGGAAUCAAUAAAGCACUUGAACAGUAGGGAAAAGUUUCAUUAGGGUGGGAGAGACAAAAGGUGUCCUCUUUAAUUUGUCUCUCGUCUCUCUGUCCCUCCGCUCCAGGUUUUCUGGAAUCCUGUUAGGAGCUGAGGAUACGGAACAGCUUUUUGUUGCACAUCCCACUCAUAUUUCUGUAUUUAAGAAUUAUUUUCCCAUUGAUAUAUGCACCUCUGUUAUAAACUUAAGCUUUUGAUUCUCUUCAGAUUAACUAGUUGGUAUCCAAGUGGCAAUACUAAACUGCUUUUCAGAACUUAUGUCAGUUUCAUAGUACAGUAUCUGAAUUUUCAUUCUCCUUCUAUCCUUUUAUUCAGCGAGCUGCUCCCAGUUGUUUUAGAAUGGUUUUUCCCUUAUCUGUGUAAAAGAAAGUUACCUCCCUGUCUGCAUCUAGUGUUUCACAUAUCUCAUUUCAGCAGCUACUUCUGUUCUAACUAUUAAGUUCAAGACCAACAUCCUGUCUGGGAGCACAAAACGUUAUCCACAAUUGGGAAUAUUUUACAUUCAUAGGAAAUGCUGCAUUCUGUAUCUCAUUAUUGUAACACAUUUUUAAAAAACAUUUUGUUAAUUAGCCAUUCCUGCCAUAUGUGAAUGUCUGCUCUUCUUUUAGAGCCACUCAAGUAUUUUCUGAAGUGCUUCCUUUUUCAUUUUUAUCAUUUAUCAUAUAUAAACCGUCUUGAAAUUCUUCUCCUUAAAACCUUUCGAUGAAUGUAUGCCGAUCUAGCAGGAUAAGCCCAUAGUUUAAAGCAGUUUCUUUUUUAAUACAUCAAUGAUUCAGAUGUAGGUGUGCAUCCCUGUCUAGGACCAUUUGUUAUAUGUGACUGUUGCAGGCAAAUAAUCUGUAGAUUAGAGGCAAUAUGUAUUAAAGCCCCUAUCUGUAUAUUCUUGUUGCCUUUUUAAAGCUUCAAAUUUGUUGCUGGUUUCAUCUGUCUUUGUUCAACCUUAUUUUAAAAAGUCUUGACAACUCUAGGUAGGCCUUUUUCAAUCCUUCCAGCAAGCAAGCCUUCACAUUUUGUUCACUUUCCGGUCCAUUUACAGAUUCUAACACCUUUCCAGCAAGAAAAUAUUAUUAGAGAAAAGGAAAUUGUGGUUAUUCUACUUGCAAAUAUCACUAAAAGCUAUUUUGAUGUUUUGAAAAUAUAUUUAAUAGUGCAUUCUUUUUCCAUUAGGUAUAAUUUCAAAGACCUGCGUUCCAUUAGGUAUAAUUUCAAAGACCUGGAAUAAAUUACAGAAUAAUAUAUAAGAUGGAUGGGAGAUUCCUUAACUUCUAGUUAACUGAUUUUUGACCAUUAGAUCCCUGCUAAUUUUGUUACGCCUGAUUUUCUUAAUAGAAAAUAAGCCAAGGGCAUACAGUGGUGCCUCGCAAGACGAAAUUAAUUCGUUCCGCGAGUUUUGUCGUCUUGCGUUUUUUUCCGUCUUGCGAAGCACGGUGUCGGGAAAGUUUUGGAAAAGCUUCAAAAAUCACCAAAGUCUUUAAAAACCUCAAAACAGGCUACCACACCGCGUUCUAUGAGUUGCUCCUCGAAGUCAAGUCGCAACUGUAUUAACGGUGUUAAGAAAAAGGAAACAAACUUGCAAGACGUUUCCGUCUUGCGAAGCAAGCCCAUAGCGAAAAUCGUCUUGCGAAGCAGCUCAAAAAACCCUUUCGUCUAGCGAGUUUUUUGUCUUGCGAGGCAUUCGCCUUGCGAGGUACUUAAGACUAGGCCCGUGCAGAGUGGGGGGCAGCCAGCUUCACUUGCCCUGGGCCUCAGAGGCCUAAGCCGGCCACAGACCGGCUGCUUUUUCGUUUGAGUUCCUAGCUUUAUUCUAACAAAACUCCUGUCCUGGGCCUCAGACAAGCUCUGUGUGGGCUUGCCCAAGACCCAAUAUAGUUAUGCGACAUUUAGCUUCUAAUACAUUAAUAUUUGUGGGGUUUCAUUAUGUAAUUCAUAUAAAUUCAACCAAGGAAUCAUUGAUGUGUCCUUCCAUGUGGGAAAAUGUGAUGCUCUCGGAUAGCCCUUCAUUGCCCUGCUUUUCCUCCAAGCUAGUUUUGACCUGCCAUCCACUAAGCUUUUAGUUUCUGAUCCCAUCCACCCUGGGACAGAAAAAAAAAGCUCCUCUGAAGCCUGAUGUUCUAUGUUCUUCUCCAGAACCUUUUCAGGAUAUCUGCAAAGAACUGGAAUGGAUCAUUGCUCCUAUGGUGAGUUGGGACACCCCCUUGUACUUCAGCUGGCCAGAUCUGUUUCUUACUCCUUAAGAAUGCAGGACCCAAUUAAUAGAAAGUUUUGACUCAAAGGAAAGCUUAGAAAGCUUGCAUGGAAUAAGGAGAAUAAGUAAAUUACAAGAGAAAAUGGAAUGAGAGCAAGCACACUGCACUUUCUGUGUUCUCUUCUAAUGGCCUUUGCUGUGUGCUGCUUCAAGAUGCAAAAGCCAAGCCUCAACCCCAGGCGCUUUUUGUUUUGCCAUGGGCUGAGCCUUGUGCCUUCUCCUGUCCAUGUGUUAGUCGCACAGCAUACAUUUCUACUGUUUCAGAAUAGCCCUGUCUUCCUCUCUUUUUUGCGUCAUUUCAGCACUCAGCAGAGUGAAACCAGCUGAGUACAGUGGUACCUCGGGUUAAGUACUUAAUUCGUUCUGGAGGUCCGUUCUUAACCUGAAACUGUUCUUAACCUGAAGCACCACUUUAGCUAACGGGAACUCCCGCUGCCGCUGCUGCUCCGCCACGCAAUUUCUGUCUCAUCCUGAAGCAAAGUUCUUAACCCGAGGUACUAUUCUGGGUUAGCGGAGUCUGUAACCUGAAGCAUCUGUAACCUGAAGCGUAUGUAACCCGAGGUACCACUGUAUUAGCUUGGUCGCUGGACAUCCAUGCAUACAUUGGAUUCUCUUGGAAGAGGAAGGAACUAGUUUUACCCAGUCAAUACAAAUGUGAAUCUUCCUUGCCUAUUAUGAGUUGUGGACUGACCAAUCGACUAUUGGGAGACAGACUAUCCAGCUGCUGUUUCUAAAUAUGUAUACAUGUGCACAAAGAUGUGUGAGAGAUUCAUGCAUACAGGAAGAAUGUCAUGGGCAUAGAAUCAUGAAGUAAGGGUGACCUGUCUAGAGUAAGAUGAAAUGAUUGAAACAUUGCGCUAAGGAAAUUACGUUUGGCAGGCAUCUAGACCAAAAUGUAAUAACGGACUUUUGAACAUUUUGCUUUAAAGAAUUAGACUACCAGGAUUGCAUGUUUUAUCUUUAAGUCUGUCAAAGGUUUUAGCUCUGAUGAUUUUAGCUCAAAAUGAUUAAUAUUAUUAUUUUUAACAAUUUGGGGGCAUUUGACUCAACAGCUACCUUCUGUGUGCCCUCUAAACCUGUUCUAGGGGUUUCUCCAACCCUGCAGAAUGGAUUUGCUCAGCGGGGAACAUGCAGGAAGGGGAAAGAGAAGUUCCAUUGAGCAAGGAGAAAUUUGUUCACUUACAGAAUGAGCUAAUUGAAUGCUGCUCUGUAGACAUUGUGUUUAAAUAUAAAUCUGCUUGAUUAAUCAGGCAUCUUUGAUUCAGUCUCUGAUUAUUUUUUAAUCUAUUAAGCGUUGUAGCCCUAGAGAUUAUUAUUUUCCUCUGAAGCCACUGCUGCAUGCCUAAACAUUGAAUUUUUUUUAAAAAAGUUCACUGCACUGGCUCCCAGUAGAGUACAGGGUUAGAUUUAAGGUGCUGCUUUUGACCUUUAAAGCCCUUCACGGCCUAGGACCCUCGUACCUACGGGACCGCCUCUCCCGGUAUGCCCCACGGAGAGCCUCAAGGUCCAUAAAUAGCAACACCCUAGUGGUCCCGGGCCCUAAGGAAGCUAGAUUGGCUUCAACUAGAGCCAGGGCCUUUUCAACUCUGGCUCCGGCUUGGUGGAACGCUCUGCCUCAUGAGACCAGGGCCCUGCAGGAUCUGAUUUCUUUCCACAGGGCCUGUAAGACAGAGUUGUUCCUCCUGGCCUUUGGCUUGGAGCCAAUUUGAUUCCCUCCCUCUCUUUCUUUUUUCCUUUCCUUCUCCUCCUGCGAUGAGGCUACGUUUUAAUAUUUUAAUGUUUCAAUAUUUUAAUGUUUUAUUUUAAUUUUGUUUUUAAGUUGUAAUCAUUCAACUUGUUUUUAUUAUUGCUUGUAAGCCGUUCUGAGCCCGGCCUUGGCUGGGGAGAGCGGGGUAUAAAAAAUUAUUAUUAUUAUUAUUAUUAUUAUUAUUAUUAUUAUUAAUGUACAUACUGAAUUUGAUACCUCGAAAUCAUGUUUAAAUGUGAUUAUUGACGUACUUCCCUUCAGUGAAAUGAAGGAAAUCAAAGAGGUCAGUUGCAAAAAUGAGCUUCAAGCUUGGAGGGUUUAUUGUUAAAGGUGAACCUUCUUGCAUAACAUCUCUGCUGCCUUCUGUGAGGAGCUGCAGACACUAGAAGGAAAUCACAGAUAAAGGCUAUCUAGCAGAAAAAUACCCAGCAGCAAGGCAUUAACUGUUGCCUAAGCAAGAUUAGUUGUUCUUAUUAGUUGAGACAUAUCUUUUCUAACUUUUCCCUCCUUUAUGUCUCCUAGAGACAGCAUUGGUUUCCUCCUUUGUUUACUGCCAUCAGCGUGAGUCAUCUCGCAUGCUGAAUGUUGAUUUGCACAUCCAAUUUUACUCUUUUAACUUGCACUCUUGUCUGACCACAUCAGUUUUUGUGUUUCCAUGCUUGGGAGUCCCAUGACAGUCAUAACAGGCAAACCAAUGUUAAAUGUUUGUUUUGGGAGUAACAGAAAGGGAAUUUGGGAGGAUCUAGCAAUACAUGGAAUAGCUGAAACUUGCUAGGAUUUUUUUUUUAUUAAAAAAAAAUUAAGCCUAGUAGUGAAUUAGUAGUGGCUUUAUAACUUUUAUCAUAAUUCCUCUGUCAGCUGUUGACAGAUCUUGCUCAUGCCUUGGCUACAGCUUUGGCAGUUUUGUGUGGGAAUCUAAACGUUUGCUGUUUAAUUGAUAUUGAAAAGAUUAAUGUGCCAGACCCCAUGAGUGCUUAAAACAACUUUCCCUCUAAGAUGCCUCUUGAUUUUCCUUAUGCCUUUACCAAGUCAUCUGCCUAGUUAAGUUUCCAUAAUGGUAAUUUAAGGCUGCAAGGCUGGCCUAAGAAGUGAUGAUGAUAUUUGAAGCAGCAGUUCCCUCAGAAGGACAUUUAGGGCACAAGGAUGUCAAUUUUGUACAAAUGUGUACUUAUGGAUACUUGGCCAUAACUGACAUAAUUUGUGUAUAACUGAUAGCAUAGAUCUUAUUUUUAACAUAUUUAUUAUUACUUGGCUCUCUAUCCAGAAUAUCGAACAUACUUCAAAUUAGAUGCUGUGACAAGCUAGAAAAAUACCUAACAUGCUCCUGGUUUCUUCUGGGAAGCAUAUUGGAGGUGCUGAGUGUGCCUAGGAUUGUGUAUAAUGAAUUGCUGGGUCUGAUGUAAAAUAAUACUGUAUAUCUUAAAGCUCAGGCAGAUAUUAACUGACUCAGGAAGGGUAUCUCAGAAGCUAUUACAGCAUUUAACUGUUCAUGUACUUAUAAAAAAUAUCUGGAUCAAAGAAGCACAAGGCAAUUUACAGAAUAUCAAAUGCAUGGUGUAAAGAGCUUAAUUGAAUGGGAGUCAUCGGAGGGGAUUUCAAAAGUUAUGGACUUGGCAAGUGCUUGAAUUCAAGGAGGGGCUAAGGCCUAAUUCUCACUUAAAUAUCUCUUAAUUUUUCUCUUGGCUUUACCACAUCAUCUGCCUAGUUAAAUUUCCAUAACCAUAAACCUAUGUCACAAUUGUACCAGUUCAGAAUGCACAUGACUGCUUAGACUGAUGCUUCUCUGUACAGAAACUUCCCUCUGUUUAGAAAAGUAGAUGUUUGGGAGAAUGUGUUGCGGAAAAGCCUUCCAUUAUGAGCCUGUAUCCUGCAGUCUGAAGUGGUGUAGAGUUGUGGAAUAUAUGCAGGUUUAUGGCCUCAUUAAAAUCUAGGCCUAACUAUCUGGCACACUGAGAGUAUAAAACACUGAUCAGUUGCUUCGCUGGAUAGCCUUCUAGGCAGUAGUUCCUGAUUGGCUAAGUACUGUGGACCCCAUUUUUCAAAAGCCAAACCAUGGACCCUCCUACUUUUGAAAGUUUUGAUAUCUGUGUGAUAGUUUUUGUUAUGUGAGUGGUGCCACAGACCACCUGGGUAGGUUAUGCAGACUCCCAGGGGUCCAGGGACCACCAGUUGGGAACCACUGUUCUAGAAGAAUUAGGUCACAUUCUUGUUGCUGGUUUCCUGUUUGCUCUGUGUACAUUGCCAAGGGGUGGGUGGGGGUGGAGUGGUAUUUCCUACUAUACUGUGCUUACACUUGUUUAAAAAACAAAAGAUAAAACCCAUAGGAAUGAAAAAAGGGCCUUUUGCACAUAGGGUUUUAAAAAUUGCCCCCAAACCAUCUUACUGACCCAAGUGCCCUCCAACUAUUUUUGGGUUAUGUAAUUUACCAUCCCUGAUAAUUGGCCAUGAGAUCUGGGAGUCCAAAACAUAUUGAGGGCACUAGAUUUGGGAAAGGCAGCCCUGAAAACGUUAUUUUUUCUUCUUCUCAUUUAGAAGCAUUUUCUGAAUUUCUUCAUUAAAAACAAAAGGAAAUAUGUAAGUGGUUUGUGUCUUUCUCCAAUUCCACUUGAAUGCUGGUAGGGGAGGUUUCUUGUUGUAGAUGAAGAAUGGGCGGAGUGUCACCUGCAAAGCUCGGGUUGCUACAGCCUUAAUGUUAAAAUCCUAUUGCUUUUGCUGCGUAUAGGAAGUGGACAUUGUGGUAGCUCCUUGUCGGGGAUUCCAGUCAGCCGAAGUCACUUUGGGAGAAUACGUGAACCAUUUCCUUCCAGUCAUCACGUUUGCUAUCAGUGAGGCAGAACUCUCCACGCUGGAUGUGAAUGAACUGCAGGAGAUUAAAGAGAAAUUCUCUCUGCCCGUCUUCUUUUUCAAAGUGCCAAAUUUGGGUGCUGAACUGAUAUCCCCUCAGAAUGCGGAGAAUGAAAAGUCGUCCCUUUACCGGCAGCUGCUGGAUUUAGGCUACCUUAGUACGAACCAUUGCAGCUGUGGAGCUCCCAGCUCUGAUGCCAAAGCCCAGAGCAUGCUGGUGGAACAAUCGGAUAAGAUCCGUCUUCUUAGCACUUUCUCCAGGCAGGUGCUGCAGCAGCGCUUGGUGGAUGCAGCGACCAUCUUGAACCUAGUCCACUGCCGUUGCCUGGACAUUUUCAUCAACCAGGCCUUUGAUAUGCAACGAGACCUUCAGAUCACUCCAAAGCGUCUAGAGUACACACGGAAAAAAGAGAACGAGCUGUAUGAAUCUCUGAUGCUCAUAGCUAACCGCAAACAAGAGGAGAUGAAGGACAUGAUCAUUGAGACUCUCAAUAACAUGAAAGAAGAACUGCUGGAAGAUGCUGCUAAUAUGGAAUUCAAAGGUAAUUUCCGGAAAAACCAAAAGCCUUAAAAAUGUUGUUGGACUCCAACUCCUAUCAGUAUUAGUCAGCAUGGCCAGUGGUCAGAGACGAUGAGGGGUUUAGUCCAACAAGAACUGGAGGCUGUGGGUCAGCUACCUCUGUUUUCAACUUCUUUCACCUGCUGCGUGCAUGCACUUCAACUCUGAGCAAGCCGUUGUAUAGUGAAAUUCUUCAUCAGAUUUCCCCCCCCCAAUAAUCUGUAAAGAAUGUCAGCAUAGAGUAGCGUAAUGUGUUUAUCUAAAAUGUCAAACUUUGCAGAUAUUUGUAUCCAAGUGAACAAGAUUGGAUUGUCUUAAAAGCUUGUAAACAUCUCUUGAAUACAGUUUUAUAACUGUAAUCAAAAGUGUGACCCAACCUGGGUAUAAACACUUAAAACAGCACAAUUUUAUAUAUUUCUACUCAGAGGUGAAUCCUGUUGCAUUCAGUGGGGCUUAUUCCCAGGUACAUGGUAUAAGAUUAUAUCUUGUCACACUGAACUAAAUUGGAAAGAUGUAAGCCAAUGCUUAGCUCCCCAUUGACAUCAAAGGAUCAAAGUGAUUAAUUUAUUGCAAUAUUUCAGAACCAAUCCAGUCCAGCUAGUGAGGCUUUCAUUGCACUUUAGUCAUUAAAUUUACUUUACACUAGUUCUGGGUGGCUGCUAAUAUGCUAGAAUUGUGAAAUUAUGCUUCUUUUCAAUCCUGGAUUUCCUUCUGUUCCCUCUAGAUAUUAUAGUUCCUGAAAAUGGAGAGCCUAUUAGUUCCAGAGAUGUUAAAUGUUGCAUUAAGCAAAUCCAAGAACUGAUAAUAUCACGGUUAAACCAAGCAGUUGCCAACAAGUUGAUAAAUUCUGUGGACUAUCUGCGGGAGAGCUUUGUGGGAACUCUGGAAAGAUGUCUGAAGAGUCUGGAGAAAUCUCAGCAAGAUGUUACAGUACAUAUCACAAGCAACUAUCUAAAGCAGGUAAAAGUAACACAAAAUUACUGACCUGGUAUUGCAGAUCAGUUUCUAGAAUGUUGGCUGUAGCCUGUAAUCAGUGGUGACAAAGUGAAUUGGUAAAAUAAUUUGAUAUCUUUUGUGUUAUGGCGCCAAACAGAUUUUUGCUUUAAGUUGUAAUUUAAGGAAAGAAUUUGAGCUCAUUGCAAUUCUUCCAGAUUACAAAUGAAGACACUUGCUUUUAAGGUAUUAUAUUAGUUUGCUUAAUCUACCGAAUAAGCAAUUCCUUCAGUUUUCAGUGGCUUAUUUUAUAUAUUUUCUGCUUAUAGAUACUGAAUGCAGCCUACAAUGUUGAGAUCACCUUUCACUCCGGUUCAACAGUAUCUAGAAUGCUAUGGGAACAAAUCAAGCAGGUAUUAAAUAUUCUGAUAGUAAAAGCUCUCUCCUAGUAACUGUAAUGGGACCUUAUCUUUGGUAGAUCUGCCUUUGUCUGUACCAUCCUUUGAGUCUCUCUAUCCCUCAACUGACAUCUUAGCAGCCAUUCCAGCAAGCUGGAAUAAGCAGGGCUUAUUCUAUCAGCUCUGCUGAAAUUCCAGCUCCAUAAAGAAUCUCCAUUCUAGUUGGUCAUUACAAGAACUACUGUUUAAGAAUUGGCACAUGGUUUUGCUUUUUUCCUCCUCCUUUCCUCUUCCUUUUUCCUUGUAUGUUGUAUUUUUUUAUGUGUGCUGGUUUGUUUUUAUAAACCUGCAGGCCAUCCUGUUUAAACUGACUGAAUGUCAGUGGCUUUGGGAGCAUUUUCAGCUGAAGAAUGUGGUAAAAAUGCUGCAAUAUCCCCCACAUACCCAUACCACAGUUGCAAACAACUUGUAUUCUCAUUCUCUCAUUCCCCAUUAUUCUGAUUUUCUUGUUAUUUGGCCUGUAUGGUGGGUGACAUCUAAUGAUGUCUACCUGCUUGCACAGCAGAAAUUUACUUACACAACUGGGUGUGCUGUUUCUAUUCUUCUCUCACAACCCUCCUGUGAAGGUUUGGGGGACACAUGGCAAGUUGCUGGGGAGAGAAGAAAUACCAUCACAUGCCCUACCUUGGGCAGGUGAAACUGAAAGUAGACUUUUUAAUGCUUGAGUUUUGACAAUGAGACAUAUGUCUUAUUAGAUAAUACAGCGGAUUACUUGGGUGAGCCCACCAGCUAUCACCACAGAGUGGAAAAGGAAAGUAGCUCAGGAUGCUAUUGAGAGUCUCAGCGCAUCAAGGCUGGCCAAGAGCAUCUGUAGCCAGUUCCGAACAAGACUAUACAUUUCUCAUGAUGCUUUUGCAGCUUCCCUGCGACAGGUCAGUUGGAUUGUUGUUCAUCGCAGUUCUCUUUAGAUGAAACUUAACCAUUUUUCAAAUAAUUGGCAAUUGCCUGCCUAUCCCCUCUCUACUCCUUGCCACUAAAAAAAGGAAGAAGAAGCAGAAGCCACACAGGUGCUCUGCUGUUUCUUCUGACUUUUUAAGACGGGCAAAAAUGGCUAUAAAAGCACUAGCAGUUCUUGUUCUAUGGGACUGGAGGACCAUUGGGUCAUUAUUACAAUUGCUUCUUCUAGGGGCAUUUUAGUGGUGAUAGAGGUGGAAGUGUCCACACAAUAGGGUUCAUUCUCCAGCUCACAAAAGUGCCUGAGAAUGUGCCUUUUUUGGCGGUGUCAUGUUGAGCUUUAAAGAACUAAGUAAGCUAGCUAUAGUGGUGGUCUCUAAAACCUAUGGAGAAGUCGAGAGUGCUGCCUUUUCUCUGCCUUCCUAGGUACUAUAAACCUCUGUUGAUGGGAAGCUGCACCUUUUUAUAUAGUUUUGCUAAACUAAUGAGGCAACACAAGGGCUGUGGAUAGCUCCGUUGGUAGAACAUGAGACUCUUAAUCUCAGGGUUGUGAGUUCAAGCCCCAUGUUGGGCAAUAUAUUCGAAGAACGUGACCUGAAAAUCUUAGGGCAGGAUUCUCCUAAUGAGCUCUUUACCUAACGGCUUCCACUAGUGCGAUAAGGCUUUCCUCCCCAAUCCUCCUGUGCAUCUUUACACCCUCUGAAAUUGGUUCUGCGGGGUUUGGGGAACCCACAGAACAGUGUGUGAAAGGAGGAGAGGGGAAAUUGUUUCAUCUAGCAAGCUGAAAUGCGUCACAAAGGGAACAUUUAUCACAGCAUUCCAUCCAUGUAGUUUAUAGAGGUUUUAUUCACAAGGAAAAAAAUGUUAUAUGCCUUUUCCCCAGAAGAGCAGCUUAGAAAGAGAAUAUGUCCUAGCACAUUCUCCAUGGGCUAUCAUCACAUGAAUAUGCAGGUGUUUGGGGCAAAAAGAUUCCUGCACUGCAGGGGGGUUGGACUAGAUGCCCCUUGUGGUCCCUUCCGGCUCUAGAAUUCUGUGAUUCUAUAAUCCAUGGAAAUGAAUAUUCUACAAAACAAACAUUUUAAACUGAGAACCUGUUUCAUUCUUUAGCAAAGAAGAAAUAGGGGAGCCAGUUUUGGAAAUUCAGUUCUAGGUGUGACCAGCAGGACAGCAAAACCUUACUUAAAUUUGGCCUUAUGUUUUGUUAGCUAGAGGCUGGCCACUCGGGCAGGCUGGAGAAGACAGAAGAUCUUUGGUUGAAGGUGCGAAAAGACCAUGCCCCUCGUCUUGCCCGCCUCUCACUGGAAAGCAGGUCCUUGCAGGAUGUUUUGUUACAUGGUGAGCAGUGCCUUGUCUGCACAUCUCAUUUUAUUGAUGACUUUCCAGAAUUUUCUUAGGAAACAAUGAGACUUGUUCUGUACUGUUCCAGACACACUGAGGGAAUGAAUCCUGAGGAAUUCAUGCUACUGGGGAGGGACAUAGAAAACACGUUGACAAUAAAAAUUAUGGGAAAUCAGUAAAAAAUAAUUGGCUAAAAAUAAAAUAAAAAGAGAAAGCAAGUUAACAAGCAGGUGCUUAUAUUUCAGGUAAACCAAAGCUAGGCCGUGAGCUGGGCCGAGGGCAGUAUGGAGUGGUGUACUUGUGCAAUGCCUGGGGGGGCCACUUCCCUUGUGCCCUCAAAUCUGUUGUUCCACCAGAUGAGAAGCACUGGAAUGACCUUGCACUUGAGUUUCACUAUAUGAGGUAGGUGGCAUUAAGCUCUUCCGUAAUGAACAUACAUUAACCCGGCAGCUUAACUAUAUUUUGUAGCAGUGGUUUGACAGAGUCCGAUGACUGACACAAAAUUCCUCUCAUGUAUGCACAAAGGGCUAUUUGGAACCACCUUAACUGAAACCAUGACAAUAUAAAAUAACGAUGUUGAGUUGAUACUUGUCUUCAUACUCUGAAGAAUUAGGUUGCCUAUGUCAUCCUUCUCCAAUAUGGCACCCUCUCGAUGAUUGGCUACAACUCCCAUCAGCCUCAGCUAGCAUGGUAAAUGGCCUGGGAUGAGGAAGGUUGCAGUUCAAAAACACCUAGGAAGUGCAGCAGUUGGGGAAAGCUGGUACUUGCUAUAUCUUGAAACUGCACAUUUCUAUUGCGUAUCUAGCUUGCACAGUUAUUCUGUUAACAUGAAUAGUCAUUUGGAAAUAAUGGUGUGUGCCUUGUAUGUUUUCGUAGAACAGGGGACUGGGGGGAAAUGCCUUAUCUCCUUAGAAGACAUAAAUCCAUUAUUCUUGACUCUUGUGCUGCAUCUUUCUCCAGAUCUUUACCAAAGCAUGAGCGGUUGGUAGAUCUUCAUGGAUCAGUGAUAGAUUAUGGGUACGGUGGAGGUUCCAGCAUUGCUGUUUUACUGAUAAUGGAACAAUUGCACAGAGACCUCUAUACAGGAUUAAAGGUGAGGAAUUAAAACAAUUAAAUGGAAAAUGGACAGUGUAAAUAUUUGUUCAUUUCUGGUAGCUUUUCAUUUCUAUGCACAAGUGUGCUUUUCAGUAUAUUUGAAUUAGUGGAGAUAAUAAAAAAGUUGCAGAGUAUCCCCAACUCAUAACACAAGUACUCCUUUUCAGGCCUCUAGCCAGCAUGGAACACAAGCCUUGCAAGGCUAUAGGGGUUCUUGUGGGAGGGGAGGUUUUUGCAGGCUUUUUGUUUCCUACCCACUUGAAAUAUUCCCCAACUGUGUUAUAUAGUGCUAAUGCACUUGGGUUAGCUCUAUAUUGCUACCAUAUUUUUCGCCCUAUAGGACGCACUUUUCCCCCUCCAAAAAUGAAGGGGAGUGUGUGUGCAUCCUAUGGGGCGAAUGCAGGGGGGAGGCAGGCAGGAAAAGCUCCCAAAAGCCGCACACAAGCUCCGUGCGGCUCUUGCGGGCUUUUCCUCAGGAGGGACAAGGGACUGAUGCGGCCAGUCAGUCCCUUCUCCCUCCUCGUAGAAAAGCCCACAGGAGCCGCGUGCUCCUUAAAGGGUGCGCGGCUCCUGGGGGCUUUUGCGGGAGGUGGGGGUAUUGCCAUAUCCGCGCGCAGCCUCUCCCGGCUGCAUCCCGAAACCUGGGGCGAGCUGAGCUCAGCCGCCCCAGGCUUCGAGCUUCGCGCAGCUCUCCGCAAGCUGUGGGAGCCCGGUGCAACUUCGCGCUGGGCUCCCACGGCUUGCGGAGAGCUGCCUGUUCUGGGGGCUGGGGUCGGGGGAAGCUCGGGCUUCCCCCGACCCAGCCCCGCGCCUGGGGGGGGCAAAUAAUUUUUCCUCCUUUAUUUCCCCCCCCCAAAAAAACCUAGGUGCGCCCUAUGGGCUGGUGCGUCCUAUGGGGCGAAAAAUACGGUAUAUUACAGGGUGGCGAAGACUUUAGAGUUAUAAAAGGCAAUGGCAUAUUUCCUUUUGCCUCCUGAAGCCUGUGUAUUGCAGUGAGGAGGGGUUCACUCAUGUACCCAAACUGCCACCGUGGCUACUAUAAGUUGUUAAAGGUUCAAGCAGGUCAAUUUUCUCCUGUUAUCCCUCGCUCCCCCAAACCAUGACACCUUCACUAUUCCAUAGUUCUGGAAAGCUAGUAAGGAUGCUCAGUCCUCUUUGGACUGUGCUUGGUUUCCGCCCCCCCCCCCCCCCCACGUCUUUUAACUUACAAGCUAAUAUACUUCUGCAUUCUUGGAGUCUCUAGAGAAUACAGAAGCUACUGCCUUGGGCAGUGAACUGCCUAUCCAUAGAUAAGUUGAUAAGUUUAGUAUUCUAGUAUGUUCUGAUAAUUUGGCUUUAAAAUUUUGGCAGCUAUGCUCCCUUCGCAUUGUUCCUGACUAUUGGUAGAUCAGAUAGUCUCUUCUUCACCUUCCAACCUCAGCCCUACUACAUUUUUGGUUAGCAGCAGGUAAAAUCUAGGGUUGAUGGUUUGAUCACAAGUACAACUGUAAAGGCAUUUUUUUAUAUUGUUAUAUAUUUCAUUAGAGAGAGUGCAUACAACACCUGAACCUGGCUACCAUUGUGGGACUAGAACUGUAUGCUUCAGUAGAACGGAUUAAGACAAUAGCAGCAGAACUACUCUCUGACCCGCUUGUUUAAGGAAGAAACAAUGUUAAAGGAUCUGUUUUGUUGGAGUUGCUUCAUCUUAGGCAAGAAGCACUGCCUAAUAACCAUAGAUGUGAAUCCCAUUAAGGGAUCGAUAAUAAGGUUUUUCCCCCACUUUCCCCUCAGGCUGAGUUGACAUUGGAGAUAAGAUUGCAGAUUGCCUUGGAUGUGGUAGAAGGGAUUCGAUUUCUUCACAGCCAGGGGCUCGUUCACAGAGACAUCAAACUUAAAAAUGUAUUGGUAAGGGAUAGCUUUUUGCCUUGAGCAUCAUUCUCUUUGCUAAAAUGGAACAAGACAUCAGUACAUAAAUAAUGGCCUCGUUAAAACCAUUCCUUGGAAUUGUCUCUCUGCUUUAUAACUUCUUAAAAAUGUAAAAAGCACUUUUUUCAAAAGGCGGGGGGGGAAAGGCACGAGCAAAAGUGAUUGCUGCCAUUGUGAAGCACAAAACCUGUACUUUGCUGUAUAUAGAACACCAAAGGACAAUGGUGCUGCCCAAAAAGACAGACUCAAGUGCUGAACCAGAAACUCAAGAAUAUCUAGGUUUUCAUAUGACUGGACAAAUUUCCUUAUAAAGAAAAGACAACCAUACCCGAUCACAGCUAAACCCAGGGGAAAGAUCAGAAACUGAGGCAUAUCUAAAGGGAGCUCAGCGAGAGUAAAAUUGACUGGAGUAACAAAGAGCUAUCUUUUCUGAUCCUCUGAAUGAUCAGAAGGCUAAUAUACCCUUCAUCUGUUCAGACUUUCAUUUUCACAAGAUGUGGUGAUGGCAGUUAGUUUAGAGGACUACUUUUACACUGUUACUGUUUCAUAAAGGAUUAGGUGUAUCUAUGGUCGUUAGCUAGGAAUCUCCAGGACAGCAUCAGGUAACCCAAAAUUAUAAGAAAAAACAAAAUAAGAAAUUGGUGAUCAUUUUUGUGCUCGGCUAGAUAAUGAACUUCAGCUUGGUUCAGCAAAUACAUUAAUAAUGUGCUAGCUGGGAUUGUUUGUAGAAGACACUUGUACUACAGUGAUGACAUGUUGCUCUCUUUUGGAUAAGUCUUGAGGCUUGGGUUUGAGUAGUUUGUAUCCUUUACAGCUUGAUAAAAACAGUAGAGCUAAAAUCACAGACCUGGGAUUCUGCAAACCUGAGGCGAUGAUGUCCGGCAGUAUUGUUGGGACCCCUAUCCAUAUGGCUCCUGAACUCUUCACAGGUAAACUUAUCAUAGAUCUCCCUAUGGACUGUUAGCCAUGAAGAAUUUGAGGUCCAUUCCCUUAAGACAACAAGUCUACAUGUGUACAGUUAGAGGGAUGCUUCUGCCAGGAAGUUUGGCAGAUACAUGCAUGUAUCCUCAGGGAGGGGAGGAGUAUACUUUCAAGGAGAUACGACACAUUGAACUGGGUGGGUUAUUACCAAUGAAGAAACAGGUAGAUGUUGGAUUGCAGAUCAAAAUAUCCUUAGAUAAAUUAAUUCUUAUCUUUGAAUCUCUCUUGUCCCAAAUGAAUGCUUCAAUACUUCUGUCCUGUUACAAAUUUAUUUUUGUUAAAGGAUUAGUUAUGCUGGGCCCUCUAUUCUAUAACCUGCCUCAUUAUGAAGACCCAGGGUGGAUAUGGACAAUCAACAUAAACCCUUAGCAAACCAGAGUAAAAUUGCAUCACAUUAAAAGACCAGCUCAAACCAUGAAGCCCAAACAGCUCUUACAAAGCUUACAAAAAGUGCUCACACUUGGACUUCAGCAAGUCUACCUGGAGGGGGAAUUUUCCCUAAUUUGGUGGGGAUGGCUACAGAGAAUACCUCUUCGUGCUCAUAUGGUUGAACUGACACAAAUGUUAUAACUAAAGGUGCCCUUGGUAUUGAUCCUUGGUGGUUGUUAUGGGGCACAUAUAGGAAAUGAUUUAAUUAAGUGCUAGCGAUAGGAUAUCCCUUUCUCCUCUCCACAAACUGUGUAGCUAACUCCCACUGUAUUGUGUAGCUGUAUGGCGAGUGCCACACCCCUGAAGAACAUCUUAAUAUUUUUCCCAUAUGAGUCCACAAGAUCAGAUGAGAAGGAACUGUCACUGUCAUCAGGCUCCAGGAUGAACACCAGAGCAUCAAAGGCACGGUGGCGCCUCACUUGAUCCAGUGGACUUGUGUGGGGAAAGCAUUUGAGUGUGCUUUUGUCCCAAGCAGGAGCAUUUAAGAAUAGUAUACUUGCUGAAAAUAAAGUUGCCUUAACUAAGCUCUAGGUUGUGUUGGAGUCCCCAGUGACCCAGUGUGCUGCUAUUUUCCUGACAACUAUCUUAUGCUUUCUAGUCUUCAACCAGUAUCUCUUGCUCAUCUGCCACAGGGAAAUAUGAUAAUUCUGUGGAUGUAUAUGCAUUUGGCAUCUUGUUCUGGUACAUCUGUUCGGGUCAAGUCAAGUUACCAGAGGCUUUUGAGAGAUGUGCAAGCAAGGACCACCUUUGGAACAAUGUACGAAGAGGUAGGCAUAACACAUAAUGCAGUGUUGUGAAGGGAUGGAGACUAUAUCUAAAGUUCCUAAUCUAAAUGACCGCAUGUCAAGAUCUGCUCUCGUGGUGGAGCUUUGGGGUCUGUUUCUUCCGACCACAGUCCUCUGUGCUGCCACACAAGCCAGCCCUUGAAACUCAUGGCAGCUUCAGAAACCUCCUUCAGUGCUGUGCAACUGCUGUUCCUAAACAAGGCUGAAGAAGGCACAAAGAGCUCCAGUGCAGUGAGCUGCUUUGUAGCAGACUUCCAACAUUUGAAGCAAUUUUGCAUAGAGAAAUUUGCUUUGACUAAAUCCUUUUGGAUCAACUGUCCUAAGUGAAUAAGCCAUUUGACUAAAUCUUUACACCCUCUGCAUUUUCAGCAGAAGCUAGAUAAGUUAGUACUGGAGUGCUCAUGUCUUUGCAUCUCCUGGUGCUGUUGUCUUUAUAUUCACAGCAACUGAAAACUUGAAGCAGAUAAGGUGGGCUGAGAGAAAUGGGAGAAUGAGCAGUUCCUUUAGUCUGUGGUUUCUAGGCUACUGUUGAUAGCUUAGAACAUAUAAAAAUUCUGGCUGCAGUCUUAUGCACACUUACCUGGGAGUAAGCUGCACUGAACUUGGUGGGCGCUAUCCAACUACAUAGAUCUGCUCUAGUGCACAGAUUUUUUUCUUGCACAAUGGAACUUCCCCUCCCUCAAUCUGCUCCGGAGAGUUGGAGAGGAACCCAGAACAGAGUUAUGGAGGCGAAGUUCCUUUGCACAGCCCAAAGUCCUUGCACUAGUGGAUCUUUUCAGUUUAAAACUGCCCAGGAAGACUUGCUUCUGAGUAAACAUGCUUAGAAUUGCACUGCAAAGCAUAGCGUGUGUGAUUUAAGGAAGGUCCUGUAACAUAAAGAGUACCUUUGUUUAGAACUAACUGUCCCAAGAGUCUAUAAGUUGCUUUGAGGGCUAUGACAGAAAUAUAGGCCAGAUACGAAUGACAACACUUAAUUUCAUCUGCUGUUCCAGAGGUUGACAGAGAACCAGGAUUUCAACUCUUGGUAUUAUGUUCGUAUAGAAAUGAGACAUCUAAAGAUCUUCAAACUAGAUAUAAUCAGUACUUUCUUGGAAUAAGGCAACAGCAAUCUAAUUCUUUCAAAAACAUGCAUGCAUGACUAAUGCUUAAGUGGUUUUCUUUUUUUAAAAAAAACCACCACCCAGCGAUAUCUUAAAUCCCCUUAAAGUGUUUGAGAAUUUGCAGUGCUUGGAGUGUUGGGAAUCUCUGUGAACAUGCUUCACUCUUUGAACAAUGGGCUCUAUUAGUUGCUACCUAAAUUAGUGGAGCCUCCUGCAUAGUUCCGUUUGUUAUUAAAAUGUACCCUUUUAACUUCAUGCCUAUUUUCAAGCUUCCCCAAACAUGACCUCCCAAGAUGAAAUUUUUACUUAAUUUGAAAGCUUCCCUGCCUUAUGGAUAAUGGUAGUUGUGGAAAUUACAGUGCGUAGUAUCUCAUGAAAAAACAGGACUAGCACCUGUAGUACAACUAAGCAGUGCAAUUCUAUACAUGUCUCCUCAGUAGGAUUUGCUCCCAAGUAAGUGUGCUUGGGGCUGCAGCCUUGACAUGUUUCGAAGUGUUAAUUUUUAGGUUUCAGAACCAUUACAACAUAUGAAAAACGGCUUAUAAGUGGUCAACUCAUGUGAACAGUGUAAUGCUGGCAACACUUUCGUGGUCACAACAGCAGUUUCCAUGAGUAAGGGGCCAUACCUUUCCAGUGCACCCUACUUUGUGUAAGUCAGUAUUUAUACAUAUUAAUAAUGUGUGUACAGUGGUGCCUCGCAAGACGAAAUUAAUCCAUUCCGCGAGUCGCUUUGUCUUGCGGUUUUCUCGUCUUGCGAAGCACGGCUAUUAGCGGCUUAGCGGCUAUUAACGGCUUAGCGGCUAUUAACGGUUUAGCAGCUUUAAGAAAAAGGAAACAAACUUGCAAGAACUCGCAAGACGUUUCGUCUUGCGAAGCAAGCCCAUAGGGAAAUUUGUCUUGCGGAACGACUCAAAAAACGGAAAACUCUUUCGUCUAGCGAGUUUUUCGUCUUGCGAGGCAUUCGUCUUGCGGGGCACCACUGUAUUGACUCAGAGCCUUGUCCAUAAUUGGAAGCUUACGUCUGGUUUCUUUCCAGAUGGGCCAGGUAAGCAGCUUAUGCCUCUGACCAGUGUAAUUAAAGCUGAAGUAGCAAAGAUCAAAUGAAUUAUUUUCCUUUUCAGUCAAUUAACCAUGUUCUCCUUUUUGUCCAGGAGUACGCCCUGAACGCCUUCGCAUUUUUGAUGAGGAAUGCUGGCAGCUGAUGGAAGCCUGUUGGGAUGGAGACCCUUCUCAGCGCCCGCUACUGGGCAUUGUCCAGCCCACGUUGCAGAACAUAAUGGACAGGCUUUGCGGGUCAAACUCAGCACCGUUGAAUAAAGGAUUAGAUGACUCUACUUGAAAAACAAGCCAUGGAGGAACUGUUCUAUUAUGUGAGAAUGCCGGCCCCCACUUUGGCAUGGGCAGCUCAAGAGGGUAGCUUUUCUGAAGAGAGACUGGCCAGAAAUUGAGCGCUUGGGUGAGACGAUACCGAAAUUCCACCUCAUAUAGCAGCCAGGGACAUUCAUCCCCAAUACACUACUAAUGCAAGUUGCUAGUGCUUCCCUCUUCCCUUAAAAAGCAAGAAAGAUGGGAAAUUCAGGCCUUGCUGUCUGGAAAGGAUUUUGCUUAUCCCCCUCAGAUUCCAGUAAAAGGAAGAAAGCACUGUAUGUUUCAUAACUGGGGCAGCCAGCACAUCUGCAUCCCUAGCUUCAGUCUGCUAUGUGUCUGCAAUGGCUCCCUUCAAGGUCACACACAUGAAUGUGGAUUAUUGGAAGACAUAAAGUAGUAUCUCUUUCAUAGGAUCGGUUUUCCAGCUAUUCUUAGCAUGGAUUCUGAGGGGUGUUAAGCUAAUAUUAACUUCAUAGUACUUGGUAUGUUUACAUGGAAGGAUCAAAGCAUCCAUUCUCUUGAGGGGAAGGCCACACUGCAAUGGAAAUGCCCUUUAAAAAAAGUAUAAGCUACCUGUGCUUUAUCUUGUGAACCAAGCUCUUUUUGGUAAACGCUUAGUAGCAAUUUUUGCAACAUCUGAUUAAAGAUGGCCUUUUUAUUUUUAUUUUUACAACCUUACAGCAAGAUGGGUACUCCACCAAAAAAGAUUCUGCACAUACAGAAAUCGAAACAUAAAUUGCUUGUAACUAACUACUGCCUGUACCCAGUGGACAACUAGCAGGCCAUGUUUUUAACUACAGCAGCUUUCUUGCUUUGAACCCAAGUAUAAAGGCAGUGACUGUUUUAAACUAAUUAUUGACAGGCAUUUUAAAAUAUUUCUUCAGCUACUUUUUUUAAGCCAUUCCCUUGGAGAAUACCUAAGAGAGACCCAAGAUCAUUCCAUAGAUGUGCAUGAUUGCUAUUUCUGACCAUUUCCUUCUUUAGGGUUUGUUGUUUGGCUGUGUUAGACUAUGUUAAUUUAGGAAUCCAUUGCAGGGAGCACAUGGGGAGGACAGUCCAGAGUCCUGCAAAAUGAAGGGCUCUUUCUCAUGUACUUGACGCACCCCGAGAGAAAGAUUUGUUUGCAUUUGUUUGUGCAAGACUUAGUUUCUUAGUACAACAAUGUUUUGAGGAGAGGUGUGGGAUGAGCUGGAGAAUGCAACUGGCGUAAGGUCAAAGUUUUUCUCCCCUGUGUUUGGAGAAUGAAGGGCGAAACCUUAUUCUCCUUCUUCCACACAAUGAGGCAUGCACUGGUUUCAUCAUCAUAGGAUAAUUCAGUGUGCGCUAUACAAAGCCAAUCAAACAUGCAACAUACAGUCCAUUGCUUCUGUUGCACAAAGCAGAAUUACAGCCUCUUACCUGUUUACAUAGACUACUAGAGACAAAAGUGACCUUGCAAUGUUACUGGCCCAGCCGAGAUGAACCCUUCCUGUGUGCAAUAAAAAUGAAACUGUGCUUUUAAAAUGAUUGCUUUUUACUUAAUGGGCAUUCAUUGCUAUGUGGUGAUCUAAACUGUAUUCGCACUUCUGUCUACAAAUUGUAGCAUCUGGCAACUUGAAUGGGCAGCGACGGUUGCCAACCAUGCUCACAAAAAAGCACAUAUAUUCUCAAAUAGAUAUUAGAAAUGUCACUUAUGUGCUAGCUUGGCCACUGUUCCACUCAUUUGACAGUAUUACUCAUUUCAUACCCAUUUACUCUGUGCUACAGUGGCUAGUGACCUUGUUUAGAGUUAGGAAGGGUCUAGGUCAGUAUUUUUGGAAGUAUAUAGUUUAUGUAAAAUUAAAAUGAAUAAAACUAUUUGAAAACGGCUUGUAUAGCUUUUCCCAAACAGCCACUUCCUUAUUCUAUAAUACCCUGUGCCUUUUUGAAAACUUGAGUUAAAGUAUUGUAUCAAAUUCCACUAGGACUGUCUUCCCCAUGGACACCUCUGGCUCAGUACACCUUUCCCAAUGUACAACCAUGCAUGUGCUCCUUUGUUAGGCAUAAAUUUUAAUUAUUCUGAGCAGCUCUGAAUCAGAUUUCACAGCCCCCCUGACAUACCUCACAAGAGGGAAGAGAUGGGUAUUGUGUCGUCUAAAGAUCUUCUAGUUAAAGCACAUUUGACUUCGAUUAAAACAUGCACCCUUGUUCAUAUUUGGCAAUGCUGUGUGCUUUCUCUACGUUGCUACCACCCUUGUGGCCUAAGAAGCAUGUAUUUUGAACACACUAAAAUUUUUCAUAGCUGUUUCAAUAGAGGCAAACAGAUGCCACUACCAGGUAUUAUGGUAGGGGUAAUGGUGGCUAUCUGUGUAUUCAGGCCAGCUGUGAGUGCAGAGCAUCUAUCACUGCGAUCCCACUCCAGUUACUUGACAAAAAGCAUUAAACUGAAGAUCUGUUAGAAGCAACUCCUGGUUGUUGUUGUUUUAAAAAUAAAGUUAUUGUUGUGCUCACGUACAACUAUCUUAUGCACUGCAAAAUACCUCUUCACUCCCCACCUGCCUCUUAAGUUAACUUCAUUACCCACUUUGUUCUGUACCCAAAAGGAAACUUUGUUUACUAAACUGUAUUAUGCAACGUUUACAGGUUGCCACUGACUGGAUGGCUAAAGCAGGUGCUCCAAAAGAGAGGUUUCUUUAGAGUUGGAAACAUGAUAAAUCAAACUAGUUUACAAAAACAAGCAUACUUACAGAAAGCAGAGCUGGAGGAAUCCAUAGUGGUGCUAGUAGCUCAUGGUUCAAAGAUGGAGCUAUUCAAAGCUGACCAAUUGCUAGGCUACUUAUUUCUGCUUUGGAUAUUGUGGCCAAUUUAGGCUCUGGAUGCAAACACUACAUAGGAUUCACAUGAGUGAAAGCAAGGCUUGAAUGCAAUGUCACAUUGCCAUGUUGCGAUGCUGGAGUGUUGCCCUCAGCUUGCUAGUGCAUUGCUGCUGUCUAUCACAUUGCUGCCUAGUGCAGUGGAUUAUGGGAGCUUUUGUUUGGCAACUGACCAUUUUUGUGUGUGUUUCCUCCAUCUGUAGUACUUCUAGUGACUUGAUUAUACAAUGCAAGCCCUUCUAGCUUGUUGAAUUCAAGUGCAAGCUAUUCUAUUUAUCUUUUUUUAGCACUUUUGUGUUCAUCCUUCUCUCAGCCCCUUCCCUCCUGGAUAGUAUUUGGAGGCUUAGAAGCUGCUUGAAUGUAGGCUCUUGUAGGGCGACUGCCAUUAAUGGAAGGACCAUCAGUACUGGAUCCCAAUCUAAUGUGGUUCUCUGUUGAGCUUUCACUUUUAGAGAUGUACAUAAUGCCUUCUCUGUAUCUACUGGUCUCCUGGCCAGUUGUCCUCGCUUUGUUAUUUUUUAAAUUUUAAUACUAUGAUUUUUCCCCCUCCAGGGAGAGAAUAAGAGCACAGCAGCAUUUAAAACUCCCUCAGGGGCUUAAAUAGCACUGUAUUUCUUGAACUUCUAAUGCUUCCCUUUGUUUUGGUUCUAUUAAACUGAUGGUCAACUGUUACAACUUGGCUAUUGGGGGAGGUAGAAACCUGAGUUAAGAGUUGUACAGUUCCAUUGUAAUGCCUAUAGAUUUUUGUACUACUUUUAUUUUUUAAAAAACAUGUAUAUUAGUGUUAAAGGCAAAGGUAACAAACUUACCAACUGUAUAGGAAAAGUGCAAUAACAUGGAAAAUGACAUGAUUGAGAAAAAUAUUUCCCUUGUAUUCUGUAAUACUAAUUUACUCUCCACUGCAGCCCCUCCUCCCAUUACGUGUAUUUUAAGAGACGUGACUGUGGGUCAAGACUUCAUUUAGUGCUAUAAUGAAAGUCUGUUUUAAUAGAGAGUAGAAUGCACAGAAGUGCUGUGCUGUAUAAUAAAGGUUGCAUUAACAUUU